GCUCUGACAGAACUUCUUUAAACUCUCUCCUUGAGCGGAUUAUCUUUGUUUGUUUGCUUUUUGAGAGAACUUGGAUGGCACUUUUUAAAAUGAGAGGGAUUCCCAACACUGGGGAGUGUCCAAGAGUUUGUCCUGAAACAGAGUGAGGAAGAGAAGAGGAGGGAGGACAGCAGCAGUUUUUUCCUCUCAUCUUUGCCUCUGCAGCCUUUUUUCUGUAGAAGAAUGGGGGCAGGAGCUCUGACCAUCUGUGUGAGUAGAAACUACAAAGGCUGAGCUGGCUCACAGAUUUCUCAUUCAACCUGUGAUUAAGGGCUAAAGAAUGUGUAAUGGGACAGUGCCGUUCAGUGUCUGCAUGUUUUUGUGAAAGAUCUAUGUGUUGACUUGUUUGAGAGACUUCAAACUUCAAGAAGAGACAAAUGUCUUCUCUCUCUCUUUCUUCGCUCUGCUCGAUAAAUGCACUUAACAAACAACUACAGGGUUCAAGACGCUUUCACAUACAGCCAAAACAGAGACAGCAGAUUCCUUGUUAGAUAGCUCAACAUUAACUCUAUCAUCCCCUUGUACCGGUCAAGUAUGUAAGGAAAGAAAAGGGAUGAAUACACAUGCCGGCAACUGUCAUAUUUUCCUAGCAACUCUCCCGCCUCAAUGAGGUCACUUUUAGCAAACCCCCACAAUGAAAAAAGGAGUCUUUGGAGAAACCGGUUAACUCUUACAGCCACUUUUUGGUGAUCCCUUCGAACCACAUGUCUGUAAGAGUAGUUUCCUUGUCUUGAACAGCUGCUGCUUGGAGUGCCGGGGUUGCUUUUGCUACCAGUUGCUUUCCUGGCCACCCACAUAGGAACAGGGGCAUAGAGGAGGGAGGGGAGAGGGGAGAGAGGAGGAGGGCCAGGAAAGAAGAGGCACAUGCUUGGGCUUGCUAUCCUCUUAGAGAGGAAGUCAGAAAGAAAAAUAAAGAUGGCUUUGCCAAUUUUGAGUUGAUAUGUGUGAGACCCUUUUUAAAAGAAGUGUGGACUCACUUGAACAGCAGUUGUGAUUUUAAUAGUUUCUCAAGUUCACACUUGAAAAAUGAUCUUAUCAAGAGAAGUAGAGAGAAAAUCAUUAACUUGUAAGUCUCUCAGCAGUCAGUGACAAAAGCUUUUUGUCACUGUCAGAAGUUGAAGUGUGAAAGUAUAUUAAGGAUGGGGGAGGGGAUGUUGGGAAGAGGAUUGUUACGCUAAUUACAGCUGACUGUCCUGGUAAACAAUAGAGGUCAAUGGGUACCAUGAGGAAGUUUUCUCAUCUCAAGGCACAACUUCCCAAAAUCCAAGCUGUUGACUUGUUAACUCUUGAAAGGGAGUGGUGCUAUGUCACAGGGAGAAGUGCAGUAUUUACAGGGUUACUUUUACAACAACGAAGAGACAAAAGUCUGUGUUUGCAAGGAGACCUGCUAACAACCACACUUCUUACCGUUAUUACAGCCACACUCUGUAGUGAAGGUGGGAAUACAGAUUACAUCUGUUGUCUGAAAGGUGGUCUUCACAUCAUCAAAUUCUUGGUCCUUUCUUUAAAAUCUACAAAGUGAAAACUUAAAAGGAACUUCUUGCUUUAACUCUUUCCUUGUCCUUGCACCAAUACUUACAGAAUCUGAAUGUUUUAGUGUAUAUUAGGAGCCCUGGGAUUCACUUCACCGCACUAGAAACCUCUAUGAAAAUGGCCUUUAGUAAGCUAGUAUGAUAUUUUUUGUUGUGCAGUCCAGGCUACACUUAUGUAUGCUAUGUCCUGUGAAGUCCUUAUAUGGUAGACUACUUCAGGCUAAACUGGAACUCAACAUCCGGAACUUGAACACAAUCUUUUUUUUUUAUUUGUGUCUCAACAUUACAAGCUGAAUGUCAUCUCUUUCUAUGAUGUGUAACUUUCCACACCUAGUGCAUGAGCCUACAGAUGACAAUAAGCUAAGAAGUAUCUGCUGACCACUUUUAGCUGUUCUUUUUUAAUUAGAAUCAGAUCACUGUGAUCAGCAAGACCUCACACUGCACCCUCCUGUACAUGGCUAACAGUGUCUGUCAGCUCCAUGAACAAAGAAAAAGACAGAGACUAAUCUUUCAGAAACUAUCUUUCUUCCUGCUAAUACAAUGAUUGAAGUCAGUGUCUCAUGUUCAAUAUAAAACUUUUCAUUCUGCUGUUUUAAAGCCUUAUUUUUGGAUUGUCAUUAACAACAUACAUCCAGUCCCUUGAUCACCAGUCGUCACAUGGACAAAUGUGAUGCUGAUGAAACAUAAACAAGCACAAAGAAACUGUAGGAAACAGGGCAGGGCAUGCUGCUACUGACACAGAGCUAGGGAUUGCCACUGCCCUUAAAGACAUGAAACUUGACUAGGACUUACAUAAAAGGAUUUCUGCUUGAUGUCUGGUCUCAAAUGGGAUUUGUUGACAUGAUUCGUACUAACAUGCCUUUAAUAUUGUUCCUGUUACAGUAUGAGUGAUUCACCUGGAGGAGCCUGAAUAGGGAAAAAAUGACAGCUAGAUAUCACUUGUAACAGAGUAACUCGUAUAGUUAAGUAAAAAAAUGAGUUACUUUGGUGAAGUUGUUUUUUCGAUAGUGUCUGCCUGCCCGUCUGUCUGUUUGAUAGUAAAGACAGAUUUAAGGGACAUCUGCUCAGUAAUGCCUAUCACAGUCAGACUUAGCUUAGACCAGCUUAGCUCUUUAACACUUGCUGGAGUCUACUGGAGCCAAUCUGCAGGCCACUGCUCUAUUAACACUGUGACCCAUAAACAGUUUUACCCACCAUAGACGUAACACCAUCAACAUGAACCUGUACAUUAUACAAAAACAGUUAAAUUUUUUCAUAAAGCCAGUUUUAUUAUUCCCUAACAUGGAGAAAUAUCAGACCAAAAGCUCUGCAUGCAUUACAGGAGUGUCUUAUUCAACCCCUGACUAAAUCAGUUAUCAAUUCUGUUUCUACUAUUGUGCAAAAACAACAAGAAAUUGAUUUAUUUCUUGUUUGCUCCAUCAGCAGACAUCCUUUUCAUCACAAAAGUUCUUACCUGCAACAUCAAAACAGUCUAAUUAUUUCACAGCUGCCACGCAGGCAGGACACAGUCAAGAUGAGACAUGACAACCUUUAGAGGCUGUAAGGUACCAACAGGCACCAUCAUGUCAUGCAUCAGGCAGAAAUAUCUUUAAUGCGUCAGUCAAACAGUAGUGGAUAUUAAAACACUGCCUGUACAAGUUCCUCAAAAGGAUGUUGUAUUUACCCAGCCAGAGCAUCUGCCAGGGUAAAGAUCUGCCUCUUUAGCCAUCUCUGCACCAUCUGUGAGGUGGGCUUUAAUCAGCUGAUCAGACUGUGGCACAUGGCUGUACCCAUUCUGUCUACAGCAAUUGUCCACAUAGGGAAGAAACUCAGCAGUUCCUCCUCUUUCACACUCCCUUUUAGCUCCACAUGGUAAACCUUCUGUGUCCCUAUGGCAGAAUCAUAACUAUGGGCCUCUCUUGUGGGUCACUACACUUGUUUGAAGCAGUGAACUCUGAAACUAUAACAUACCAUGUGAUGCAGACGCAGCUAUGACAACCAGAUGAAAACUUCAGUCUUCAUUUAGAGGGAAAAUCCUGCCCGUGGUUUGUGUGUUUUCUCUUAAUUGCUCUUUGUACUGCCUCCAUGAAGACAUCGAUGCAUUAUGCUGAGAUUAAAUGAGGCAAAUUAAUCAGUUAUCUUCCCCUCUAUGAACUAUGCUAGCUUGUUGAAGAUAGAUUUCUGUGUACUCACAAUGUUUACUCUCAGAAAAAGACAGUUGGUGGGUUUGUUUUACAGUCUGUGUGUCAGAGAUAGAAACAGCAUAAGGAACUGUUUGCCAGGACAAGUUAUCAGAUAAGGAAUGCUGGACGGUUGGUGGAUUCGCACACAAGAUAAAUGCUCAUUGGGUUUAAGGUGGCAGAGACAGCAAAGGUGGACCAUAACUGAGCUAAAUAUAAAAAGCAUCUGCAGGUAUUGGACGCGCUUUCUGAUCGACGUGGUUUCAGUUGCGAUCAUUUGAAACAGCUGGUGAUCCUCAUGAACUGCUUUUGUAACUUCAUUUCUAGCAGAAAGCUACAAAACUACUCUAGAAACAAAAAUUCAAGUGCAGAGGGUGUCAAAGAUGAGGACACAAUUUUAGUCUUGGUUACAGACGAAACUACUUUUUCUUAAAGCAUUGUACAACAUGAAUGAACUGCAGGGGAUCGGAGAAUUCUGUAAUUCUGGUUUGUUUAUCACGUAGUUAGAUAUACAGUAUACUGUUUUAAUAGAUCUAAAUGCUUGAAAAAGUACAUACACUAUACAAGUAUUGUGAGGAGGGCUGUUACAGAUAUUGAAUAAAUUAUUUAAAUGACCCUUUUCCAUGUAGAAUAUCUAGAAUUGUGUGGAAAGUUGAUAGAUUAAACAGGCUUGUUCAAGUUAUUCAUGGAUUUUCUCCAAUAACACUGAUUUGUUUCAUCUCAUUAUCUCUAAAGGCUGCCUCUUUUACCACAUACAGUCCUAGUUACACACAGAGCAAAGUGUGUCCUUUUCUGUGUCUGAUCUUUCACAAGUAGUCAACAGCAGCAUGUUUUAUAAAGGCACUUAAAUAACACAACUUAUGUUAAGAAUUUUUUCUCCUGGUAUUCUGGUAUCAGAACAGCAGAUCUGCGUGUGAAAAAGGGUGGUUCACAAUGAUGUAGCACUUAGCAACAAUAUAAAACUAAGAAUGUGAAAAUCAGCAGCAACCAGCUGAACAUGAGUUUUGAACGGUGGUAUGAGAAUGUUCUUAAGUAACACAAGGCAUCGAUCCUCAGCCACUCAUGUCAUUAACAGGGGAGAUGUCCUGGGAAGCCUCUAUUGAUCGAGCAUGUGUCAGGUUCUGCAGGUUAGUAGAAGCAACAGACACGAGAGGAAUAAGAGAUAAUCGGAAUUUGGUUUCAAUGAUACUUGGGAGGCUGAAUAUACACUAGAAAAUGCUGUUUGGGUAUCUUUAUGUUUGGAAACAUCUACAGAAGUAUCUUUGCAUUUACCUAAAUACAGAAUUUUUAAAGUGCAGUUGAUAAUGUUUUUCUGCCCAAAAAUAGUUUUCUGUUGUCAAUAGCUAAAAGGGAAUCUGUACUGUUAAAAAAUGAAACCAGGAUUAUUCUGCAGCAAGUUGUAACUCACUUUUUUCUGAAACCUACCCAGCAACAGUGGUCAAAAUAUACUUUAGAGAAUAAUUUUUAUAUUGAUCAUAGAGCCAUCAUUAUUAACUUCAUUUUGUUUCUUAAUUAGCAACAUAUUCCCUAAGGAGCCUAAAAAGGUAGCUAGCAGUGCAAACAACUUUGCAGAUCAUGUUUUUUACAUAUGUUACAAUAAACUCCACUUCAUCAAGCUGCUAUAAUAAAAAUGCUGUUUAUGCAGCGAUGUUUGCAAUACUUUUACCUUAAUCGGAAAAUUGAUACAUUAUCUUACAUCUAUUUUUACUUGGAGAAAGUAAAGCAUACAAUCUUUUCACAAAGAGAAGAGUAGGUUUUAAAGACCAGUGCUUGGAUUUUUUUUUUACUAGAAGUUAAUAAAUUUCCUUCAUAGAAUCAUGUGUUUGUUUAAAUUGCCCCCCAGUUAAACUCUAAACAUUAACUGUUCAAAUUCAUAAUCAUAUUUGCCACCCUGAUCCCUGUACGUGUAUGCUUAUUUGUCCAGGGAUGUGUGUGUCUCUGGCAGUACUUUGAACCAAAGGUGUUGCAUGGUAACUUGGUCUUUGUCGUAGCAACCCAUGCACGGCCACCCCUCCACUUCCUCUUCCUUACAGCACACUCUGUGCUCCAGGCAUAUGGCUGCAGGAGGUUUGCUUUCAUGGACUCACCACCGACACCACCACACAUACCUUUUUAGUCUUGGUAUCCGCAGUAGCCUUGCUCCAGUAGAAAAGAUGGCCCCAUGGUGUCUUAACUGAUGCUACAGCCCUUUGCACCUAGUGGCUGACUCCUGCUCUCUGCAUCUCUCCCUGCAGCACAACAAGACAGCAGUGCAGGUUAAGGAAGACAUGAAGAAGAUGGUUCAGAUACCUUUACUGCGACCCAGACCAGUUGAAGCAAAGCACACCAAGCUGUUUGGAGCAACCCUGUCUGAGCUGCAGGAGAUGGGUCUGAUGGAGGAUGAUGUACCCCUGGUGUUGAGGAGGAUGGUGGAGUACCUCACAGAGCAUGGUGAGUGAAAUACACCCAAAUUCAACAGGCAGAGAAAAAAUUAGUCUUGAUCAAUCAGUUCUUUAGGAUUAUGUCUUUUUUUUCUGUUGUAAUAAUUGUUAGUCCAGUUCUGAUUUUCACUUUUCCUCUGUAUGAAUAACAUCAAUUUGAGGAGUAUUGACAGCUGUUUUUCCUGAUAAUGGCAAAAUAUUAAGAGUCUGAAGAACAUCCAGUUUUAGUAACCAUUUUGGAUUUGCUUAGAAGAAAAGAACAGUUGAAUUUUAAAGGCUAUAAUAAAUAUCACCAUCAUAGUUUAUGUUAAGCUUCUAAAGACUCACUGAAACAAACUAAUUCCUUAAAAUUUGAGCUUAUAAGCAUUAAAAGGACAAAUGACAUGUACUUCAAAUAUCAGUUAAUUAUGACUUCUGUGUUUACUGAUGUAUUCAAGAGAUGUUUAAGUUUCACCAUCAAGUGAGGAAGUUGCAGAAACAAGACUUGUUUGAGUUUUGUAUUCCACCCGAGUAAACUUGUGAUGAAAUGCAGACUCUUUUCCACAUCUUGUAGUAGCAUUUUUCCUUUUUAAAUUCUUAACGAAACAAGCACAUUAUCAUCAUAGUUAUUAUUAUCAGUAACUACUCCAACACUGGAAUCCACUCUAUUCGCAUUCAUUCCAAAUGAUCCCAAACCACUCUCUGUUCACUUAAUUAAACCCCAAAUACAAUAGCUCCUCACAUAUAUUUAACAGAGAACAAUACAUGAACUUACACUGAUAUGGUCCUUUGUGAUAUGUACCUAAAUAAAUUUGCUGUACUUCUGCGGAAUGACCACUAGAUGUCAGUGUAAGUAAAAGGAGCUUUAAUUACCAUGGCCGAUACCAGAGCAAACUCACCGUGGCUCCUAAAAUAACUACUUGUGCGGUAUUGUACGACCAAGAUUUAUGUUUGGACUUCUUUUAUAGGGAUGACUGCAUAUAGUCUGUAAUUUGGUCCAUAAGUGAACUUAAAUGAACUUUGUCAAGGCAACAAAUGACCUCACAUGAUAUCCCAUCCGGAACAAAAAAGCUCUUGCCCCCUCACAAAGAAAUUUUGGGUCAGCAAAAUCUGUGCCAGUUGAGUGCCCAGUAAGCACUAAAAUAUAUAUUUUAAAAGCUUCAUGAAUUUGCCCUUUAGGUCGUUUCCUUAAAAAGAAAAAGGUUAAGGUAACAUGGCUCAGGAUAAAGACUUGUCCAAUGUGAUUUAAACACAGAAAGCAACAAAACAUUUCAUAAAAGUUUCCCGUUUUAGGCAACAGAGUUUUUGGUCUCCUUUGUCUGAUGCUGGCCAGAUCUGAAAAGUGUGGAUAAUCUGUGACAGGUUUGAGGAAUUGGACCUUUAUUUUGCCAAAACCUCUUGACUCAGACGAAUCCACGAGUGGUAACUUUACCGUCUUUGCAGUUAAAAUGGAAAAUGUACACAUGAUGCACAAACCACUGGCAAACAGGUAUUUCAAUUACCAAUAGACAAAGAUAAAAGAAAACGUUUAAAGAAUCAUAAAAAACACUCAAUAAAUUGAUUCAUUUGGGGGUAAAAGUUGAUAAAACUUGUGACUUUUUGGUGAUUCGCUGGCACAAGAUACUCAAAAUAAUUCCAGAACAACUUCAACAAAUCAAGGUGAGGAGCUGAAAGCCUGGCCAGAUGAGCAUGAAUGUUUUCUUGAAUGAGAAAUAGGAUGUUAAUGGCGUACAAAUUUUUAACUAUACAUUUAAAAUAAGCGAUAAGCAGGUGCCAAUUUCUGAGUUUAGGCGCUGCUGGGCGGUGACCAUAGAUUGUAUCAAAUUAGCCCGUUAAGUGUUAGCUAAACGAUCUCGGUGAAUUACCGUGAAAUCCUGUUGGUUACACGUGGAAGUACAUCUUCUCGUUUCCAAAGUUUGUGGAAAUUCCCAGCAUCCAGUAAACCUCAAGUAAACUUGCAUGACCUGUGUCUGUCAGCAGCUGUUAACCGACGGUGAGACUGAAGUGAAGCUAAUGGUAGCUAAAAGACGCUCGCGAUAAGUUAGCUUCAUGCUUAACUUCGGUAGUUUAUGCUAGCUGUAGUUAGGUAGCUAGCUAAGUCAUUUAAAUUGAGAUUUACACCCCCGAAGGCUUAGUCCGAUACAAGCAAACACGUCUACAUCUUUAUAAAGGGAUAAUGAAAUGUCUUGACUAAAAGCAUGCGAUACUUCUUUUAUUUCUGUUGGUGUCAAUGUUGGUUGCUGAUUUUGUCCUGCACAUAAUUUAUGUAUGGAGUGUUUUCUUUAAAAAAAAACAGUAACCUGCCCUCGUUUUACAGUCAAAUGUAUAAUUUACUUUGAACUUUUGCGUUUGUUUUAAAGGCUGUUCUAGAGUCUCAUUACUUGUCUGGUCCGACAUCUUGGUUACAGACAUUAUUAUAAUGGCAUUAUCAGAGCUAUCACUUUUGCUGCCAUUGGUCUUGUUUGCUCCUUAACCCUACAACACUAUCGCUAAAAUUAGUAACACCAUCACUAUCGCCGGGUGAUUUUUACCCGAAAUAAUAUAGCUACCCAAGGAAAAGUACUUGUCAUGAAAAUAGAACAACACAUGACAAAUUAAAGUAGUUUUCUUUUAUUUUUAACUGUGCAAUGUACAAAGGGAGGGAAAAAAGUGCCAUGAGGGGACCAUGUAAAAACGCAACAAAAUAACUGAAAUUAGGCAUUCAUGAACAAAAAAAAUCCUUAAAAAAAUAUAGAUAGAAACUUUAAACUUAGUUUCUUUUCCACCCAUUCCUGGGUCAUGUGAGUCUUCCCUGGUGAAGAAGACUGGGUUUUUGAUACAAUAACAGCUGCAGGAGAGGGAACCAAAAUAUGGCAGAUUUUAAGUGAGUAAAAAUGACCAGCUGACUAAAAUAUUUCUUAUCACCAUAUGAAUUCCCUUAAGAUCACUACAUUGUGAUAGUUAUUCAUAACCAGUGCGCUAAAUAAAGAUAGCAUGCAAAUUCCAGGACCACUCUUAUUUACCUUAUUCGUCUACAUGCAGCUAUCAAAUCCACCCAAACCCACUUACCCUCUGUCACUAUUGCCGGGUAAAAAUCACUAGAACACGUGCCUGUAGGAAAAAGCAGGUUUUGGAUCAGGGAAAUAAAUAUGCCUUCAAAGAUGUCAAAGGCAAUGCUGAAGCUACCCAGGGACCCAUAAUAUUCAGACAAACACAACAGAAUGAAAAUCACGUAAACAUGUUUGGUCAGGUGAAAAUCACCCGGCAAUAGUGUUUUAGGGUUAAGUUUUUCAGACACACCAGUCUGUUUCAUAAUUAACUAUACUUUCCACAGAGGCUCCAGACACAUUCAAUUAAAGCCUCUGUGAGGACCCCUCUGUACAGUUGAAUUCAGCACCCCCUGUGGACAUAGUGCUACUUGUACUCUCUUUUCUGUUCUACUUCAGCUCAUAUUAAAUUUCAGGAAAACUUCUUUACUGCUCACACAUAUACCCCCCUAAUGCAAGGAUAUCACCUGUCAAGAUGAGGUUGCACGGGUGGAGUCUCAGGAGUUCGAUGACAGCAACAGAUAGAUUCUGUUUUAGUCACACUGUGCAAUGUUUACAAUCUUAAUUUAGAUUAAAACUGCCCAACAGAAGAGAGAAAAAUAUCAUACUGGACAGAGGAAGAGGGCGUAAGGCAUACCGUUCAAUGUUAUUUUUUUAUCCCUUUAAGCCUCUUCCUGUCUCAAAACUGUGUCAUAUUGAAUACCAGUCAUUGCUAUUUAUAACCUGAAAACAUUAAUGUAUAGCACAAACUGACUGCCCCAGUUAUUGAUAUGUGCCAUAGCAGCAUUCAUCAACCGAGGAGCGAAACCAGACAGCUCACUGGCUAAACGUCAUGAUAAACAUCAACAUCACCUGCCUACCCGCACCCCUCACCGCUACUUGAAGUGGGGAGAGCAGUGCUGUGUUUGAACUCACCUGGACUUCACCCAGAAAUGAUACUAGGGUCCUAGAAAAUCCCCCCCCCCCAAGACCUGUAGUGUUCAUAUCAAAUUUGAUAGAAUUUAAACAUGAGUUUUGAUAUUUGUCAAAAAUGUAUCAAUCCCAAAAUCACAAGUAUUGGGACAAGAAAAGACUGGCAUGUAGUAACAUCAGUACUUUUACACAGUUUAUAGUGUUUUGUUGUUUUUCUUCAGGAUUGCAUCAGGAAGGUCUGUUCAGGGUGAACGGGAAUGUGCGUGCUGUUGAGGCCCUGAGACAGCGACUGGAAAGCGGAGAAAGAGUGGACCUACUUUCUGAAUCGGACUCAUGCACAGUGGCCAGCUUACUCAAACGUUACCUUCGAGACUUGCCAGAGGGUUUGGUGGACUCUCCAGUCCAACAGGCGCUCAUAAAUCUCUACCAAGGUAGGAAAAAGAAGUUUCUAUUUGAAACAUCACAGAUUUGCUGUCCAAAUUCCAUCUUUAGUGUUUAUCUUUGACAGCUGUGUGUGUGGUUUUCCAAAAGAUAUAUUCCUGGGUUUAAUAUGUUUCCAAGCAUCAGACGAGACUUGUCAACUUCCCAAAUCCAGGAUAUGACACUGACACCCUCAUAAGUGUAGUGAAUAUUUAGGUCAUGACCCUGAUUGAGUGAUAACCACAGCUAUCUUUGGGUGCUGAAACACACUGUAAGUAUCGCAGUCAUUGGCACCAGGCAAAAGCAUAAAAAAGGCACCGCUGAGUCCUGUGUAUGCUGAUGAAAGAGAGACAGAGAGACUGGAAAGUGGCAGUGCUCAUAAUUCUAGCUUAAAUCUGGAAGGGCAUGAAAGGUAAUUUUAGUUGUUUGGCUGGUGAAGUGUCCAUAGGCACUUUAUACUCUUCUCCAUCACUUGUUUUAAUCUGUAUAAUAAGAGGGAGAGUGCACAUCUUGGCAGCAGUAUGAGCUUUUUCUUCACAGAUUCCAUGAAUAUUGGCCAGUUUUCAGGGCCUCUGGCCAAAUACUGCAUUAAAAAUGAGUUUUUUCGCACAUGCUGUUAAAAUGAUUUUGGUUACUUUGAUAAAUUGGUUGUUUGUUUUUGCCACUGGAUAGUUCCUCUACAAAAUGAAUAGAAACAUGCUAAAGAGGUAGGCCCAGAAAUAAAGUCACUGUAAACGAGUUAACAACGGCUACAUGUCACACAACGUUACUAAGACACAAGUGGGAAGAACCAUUGGUUUGACUAGCAUAUCAUCCUUUAAAGGCUGUCUAUCAAAUUGAGUAUCCAGUUACUAUUUUGGCCAUACAGGAUUUGAGUGGAAACACAAAAAGUUCUUGAUAAAAUCAGCCAUUUUGAGCAUCCCAUAAACCCUGCUGAGUUCUUAUGAAUACAUGUAUUUCUAAUUGUACUUUACUUUUGGUUUUUGUGUGUUUUUUGAUCAUCAACCAGUUCACUCGUAUUUAUAUAUUUUUUUGUGAUUUUUGUAUUUUUUUUUUGUAACAGAGGGCAAAUAUGAACUUUGUGGUUUUGAAACAAUAGUCCAUUUUAGUCAUUUACUAUUGGUAUUGGUAAAUGCAUGUGAUAGGACUGCACGAUGUAUCAAUAGAACAUCACAACUGCAAUACACACAUGUGCAAUGGCCAGACGACAGGAGGUGGGAUAUCAGUCAUUUAACCUGAAGACAUCAUCAUGUCACUGCUCCCUCAUUGUCCCGUGUUAAUCCAUGAUAAACAUGUUCCUGAAGUUACUUCCAUUCACCAGAAAGAAGAAAGGAGAAAAGGUUUUCACUAUGCACUAACCUGUAAAAUAUUCACCAGCUUUUCAAAGGCAGCUCUCUUAGUUCCCCCACCUCACACAUGUACUUAAGUACUCAACAACCUAGUGCUAACAGGUACGCAAAAUUUCUGAACUUACUUAGCAGCGACAAGAGCAGUUGUGAUCCUUAUAAGCUGUUGUUUCCUGUCUCAAUGUAGUCCCCUAGACAGACCUGCACACCUGCCAAACGUCAUACACUCUCACGUAGACUUACACACGCACAUAGUUUGCGUCACUCAUUCAUUCUGGAUUAGUAGUUACAUCCGUUUAUCCAACUCUGACCCAAUUAUGUAUCCCAAGUAAUAGCAUCAACAUAUUUUCGGGCUCUUUGCUCUAAUGCUCACACAUUACUCAUUAAAUGGACUCAGUAUUUGAUGUAACAGAGAGCAGGAGGAUGGAGCUAUCACUUCAGCUCCACCUCCAACUAACUUGGCUUUCACCAUUGAACUAUUUCAGUGUGGCUGCCUGAACACCAGAGCACCUAUCAACUUUAACACAAAAACUUUUGAGACAAAAGUUAGUGUAUAAAACUGAACCACUGACCUGUUCCAUAUCAUGUUGUGUUUUUCAGAGUGUGGCGAUGAUGUGUCUUACUCAGAUAUGAGAGACAUGCUCCAGCAGCUCCCAGAUGUUCAUCUCAGCCUCCUCCGCUACCUCUGCCACUUCCUCACCCUGGUCGAAUGCAGUCACAAGGAAAACCGGAUGACUGCCCUCAACCUUGCCACUGUGUUUGGACCCAGUGUCUUUCAGUGAGUCAAACUUACAGUCUGACAAAUCUGUCUUACCCCAUAGUUCACGCAGAGGGUGUUCCCAUUCAAUAUUCUCAACACUGAAUGCAGCACAUGAGCUUUAUCAGUGUACACAGUCGUUGCCCAAACAAAUCCACAGAGGUGAAUUUUGUUUUGACUCUGUAUCAGUCAAACAGACCGUGCGUAACACUGUUCGGUUGACAGGUCUCAGUUUGAAAAGUAGAUUAGGUGGAAAGUUUAUGUACCUUCAUGCAUUACAUGAACAACAACUUUGCUCUAAAUGUUUAACCAUAAAAAUGUUGUAAGUAAUGUGCUUAGUUAAUAAGGUGUAUAUGCAAGGGAUAGUUCCCAUUACCACGUGUAGCUCAUCAAGGCAAAACCAGCAAUUAUUUCAAGUGUUGUUUCUAUUAACUUGAUGAAUGUGUAAUCAAUACAUAUAAUAUCAACUCCCUGUAAAGCUUUCUUUUUUAAAUACCAGGCUUUUUGUUGUGUAAUAAUAAUCCACAAUGUUUAAAAGAUUAUCUUGUGUAGGUGCUAUUUGCUGCAGAACAAGCUGUGUAUAUGCAAGAAAUAAGACCUUUUUUCACCCUAUUAAUUACAGACUUGAGAUUUUUCUAUUUAUUAAUAGUCUAGAAAUACAAUUAUCUUUUUCUUUGCUGGCUUUUUGCUUUCUCUCUCUCCUCCUUUCCCCCUCCCCUUCUUCUCUUUCUUUCCCUCUUCAUAAACCUUGUGGCCAGCAGGAGGUGCUAUAGCACAUAUAGUGAAGAUUAAAUCAUUACUCUGUAAAUCUGUUGCAUGGCUCUUAAAUGCUUCCUUACAUUUUGUAAGAGCCAUUUUUGUUAUCGGUCUGUUAUUCUUAGACAGAGCUGACUUCAUACUGAUUUCCUCUUUGGUUUAAGAAUGAAAUUAAGAUUUGUAUGUACCUACAUGAACAUCUUUAAUUAGACAAUUCAGAAUUUGACAUUGCAUUGACCAAAUGUCAUACAAUAUAGGCCAGGCCAACACAGGAAAUGAAAAAUAUGAAGUCAGUGUCAUAUGACAAGUGAGAAACACUUGAUGUUCAUGGGUUCUUUCAUGUUUUAUUAAAAAUAAAUGAUGCAUCAUUGGCUGCUCAUCAGUCUAUUUAUGAUGUGUUUACUGGGCAGUGAGUUUUAAAAUCACCCUCUUACAUAUAUAACCAGAGCUGCUGUCCUCAAAACUUUGGCAUGUCCAGUGAGACACAGAUGUGUUAACCAGGGGGACCUUGCCUGGUGAAAAGAUCAGAUCUCACUGGGCACAACAGUGAAGAAGAAACUUCCCUGGAUACUGUGUCACACUGUACAGCGUGUUCUCUGUAUGUAUAAAUGUGUGUGUGUGUGUGUGUGUGUGUGUGUGUGUGUGUGUGUGUGUGUGUGUGUGUGUGUGUGUGUGUGUGUGUGUGUGUGUGUGUGUGUGUGUGUGUGCGGGUGCGUGUUUGUUGAUGUUAUAUAAUUAGGCCAACAGCCUAGUGUACAUCUCAAAACAGCUGGCAUCAGACUCAAAUUUACUGAAACAGCUGCUGCCUGUUUUGUAAAUCAAGUCACCCUACUGAUGCCAUGUAUAUUUAAUAUCAAUGUCAAUGUUGAAUUUGAUCAGAUGGAGUCCCCGGAUGAAACCUGAUUAAUUUUUAAAUCCAUGUUCUACAGUGUGGGUCCUUGUUUCGAGGCAUUGAAGGACCAAAAUAUCUGUAACAAGAUCAUGGUGAAGCUCAUCCAGAACUACAGCAAUAUAUUUGAAACGGACCGAGAUGGAGAGAGCGGCCCAGAAGAGCAGUCCACCCUCAUCGUAGUCAAGGUGUGGUAAACAGAUCACCAGAUGCUGAUGUUUAUUUGACAAGUUCUGUGUUUUUAGCCAACAUUAUGAAGUGCAGCUGGUAUCAAACUGUCACAUGUUGUGCCCAUGCAUUUUAAACGAUUGACUUCCCCUCAGUGAACUCAGCCUCUGCCCAUCCACGAUAGCUUUGCAUAACACCCAACUAAAAUUGAUUAAACUAUUGAUUUUAUAUACCAGCCUCGCCAGGAAGAGUCCUCCACAGGUGGCUGCUCUUGAGACUCUGCUUGUUGAUUUAUACUUGCUGCUUGGAUGGCUGACGUUGUUAUCGAUUAGCUGGUUUGUCUGGUCUGCUGAUUCUCCGGCAGCAUCUGCCUGAGGAAAAUAUAGCUGCAAGACCUGAACCUGACCAGCACAGCAAACCACCGGUUCCACAGUCAUUUAAGACAAGAUCUUUUAGACUUGGAUCAAACUUCAUGUAUUUCUCAAGAUGCUUGGGAGAUUGCAGGGCUAGUUUUGAGUUAGAAAAUUCUUUUUCGGCUCAGUUUCUUUUUAGAAGUGAUAUUUUAAAAUAAGAGAAAAACUCCUCAGGCCUUAGUUUAUACUAUCAGAAGUCUUCAGCCUCCUUACAUUUUUCUUAUGUACGUAAGAAGGUCUUAUGUAAUAGACAUAAGUUUAAAGAAAUUUAGGACACUUUGGUUUUAUAGAAAAAAAAUUAGAUCAGAAUUUCAGAGUUUAUUAUAUAGAUAUUUCUUAUUGCCAAAAUAGUCAAUAAUUUUGAUAGACAGAUUCUCACAACUUACUAAAAGAUGAAAACUGCUUUCAGCUUUGUAUCAAAAGAUUUUUUUAGAUACCAGUAGAUUAUUUUGAAAUUAUUAAUGUAGUAAGAUGUAAGUAUGCUUAAAGAUAUUUUAUAUCCUUAUGUCAGCUGAUUAAAUUUUAUAACUUGUGACUGUUCUCUCACACACAAAAAAAACAGAUUAAUCCAGGGAUGAAUUAUUGAUUUCUAUUUUUUUAUGUACUUUAUGAAAUUCAUUUAAAAUGCUUAAAGUACACAUUUUGUGCCUGUAAGGUAUCCUUGAAUGAAGAUUUUUAAAAAAAAACUAAAUUAAAAAAAAAUUUAAAACAAAAGUCAUUGAUAUGACCUUCGUGUCUUUCCUGCAGCAGCCCUUUAAAAAAUGUUGCAUAGUUGUGCACAGGCAGAGAAAGGUAAAUUAGAAGAGUGUAUUUAAUGCUGCAACAGCUGGGGCAUGAGAACCUUCUGAAGAGACAUGAACAAACUUUGACAGAAUUCCACUGUUGGAAAGUCAUCCCCCAACACAUGACUGAUGGCUUUGGUAUUGAAACGUGACAUAGGCCAUCUGAUGCCACUGCGUUGAGACCUGGAAAUGACUGCUUGAAUUUAUGUGGCCAGGUCCCAAUGUGACACUAUGCUUAUCAUGCAAAAACAAAGAGGCAGAGAGGAUAAUCGUUUUAUAGAUGAUAGUAAUCAUCUAAAAAUUUAGGCCUAGUUGCAGUUAAAUUAAACCCCAGAAAACUUUUUUUUACGUCAUUUGCAGUCACUGUGCUGUGUUGUAAAUUUCUAUAAGGCACAGCCACAUGAGACCCUGCUGACCUAUGGGAAACCCCUCAGUCAGAAUCAGAUCUUCUUACAGCAACACACGAACACACACUCACACACACACAUACACAUGUGUACAGACAUGCACAGCACGCCGAGGCCCCUCGCCUCCUGACCUUACUCUCAAUGCCUUUGAACACAGCACACAUGAUCACCGGUGUUGCCUUUUGCUUUGGUGACAGAAUGCUGAUGAGCCCAUCAGUGCACCUAAGUGUUUAAGUGUUUUAGGAUGUCCACCAAGAACUCACAGUAGAACUGUAAAAAAAUGACUUCCUGGUUGUAUAUUUCAUUGCCACUGUUUAUAUAAAGCACCAAGUAAAAUUACCUUUCUCUCUUCUUUUGUCCUCUUUCUGGUCCCAGGAGGCCAGCGUGUCAUGUGCAGAAACAAACACAUCACCCAGCCUCCCUGAUGGAAACACACUGACACCAGUUCCCAGGAUUAAGGUACGUGCUCGGCUUCACAGCAGCACCCAAACGUGCAUGUGUGCUUUUUUAUGUGUUUACUCCUCUGUCCUGAAAAUCUUCGUGCUGUUUAUGAAAUUCCCAGGUCAAACUUCCAUGAACUCUACAAACUCCCUUACAUAGUUCUUUUUAACACCAACCAUGUGACCUGUGUGACGUGAUUAAAACAACAUAGGCAUGUUUUGGAAAAGCUGUUUUCCAACUCCAAAGCCAUUUCUGCCUACGUCUGUGCAGGUUUCUGUAAGCUUUCAAGAUAUUUCCAAUGUCAGCUGACCUGUGUUUACUGUCUGUAUUGGUAAUUAGGUCACACAGUGUGAAUAUAUAGUGACCUUUUUAAUAAUAUAGAUCUGACAUUACUCAUAAGCUAUCAUUUAGUAUCAGCAGUGUGAUUAAAAAUAGCAUUGUUUAUUUCACUGGAACCCUACUAUGGUCGUGCAUGCAUUUAUAAAGGAUUGCUGUUAAGAGUAUGAGCUGCUUUCAUUGAUAGAUUUUAACCAUUCACAAUCUAUGUGGUUCAAAAAACUGUAACUUCAACAUAAAAAUGUAUCGUUUGCAUAUCCUCAGGAUAACUCACCACAAAGUGAUGAACCUCUGAACCAAUCCUCCACGACCACCCCAAACACAAGGCAGAGGAAACAGAAGGUAUAGAAAGUCACAAUUUUUACUGUGAUUAAUGAGGUAGUAUAUUAGUAGAAAACUGUUCUUGAAAAACUCUUGAAAGCAAAAAGCUGCUCUUGUUCGAACAUUUUUGUUUCAUUAUUAAUACAGUCUAAAGAUUUCUCACCCUCUGGAUUUAAUGAUAACUUUGCUUCCUUAUCAGCAGUACAGCCUUGGCACUCAUUAGAUCAUGGUCAUCACUCAGACUGCCUGUGAUGCCUGUGGCCUCGCAGCUCAGUCACAUGAUGUGAUUUGAUAAAGGCAAUCCACUGCAGGAAACAACAACAACACACUUAUUUGCAAUGCGAGACAAACACAGGCUCUGGCAUGCAGAUCUGACUGUGCUGUGGUAUUAUUACAGAACAACCCUGCAGCCACAGAGGCUGCAUUUGGUCAUGAAUUCAACCACAUUAAUAUUGUUUGUGCACAUGAAAUAAUAAUAAAAUUUUGGGUUAUUUUAUCAAAAUCAAAAGGAGGGCUUUAUCGAUUGAGUUUAUUUCUAACUCAGUUUUAAAGCCAGUUACUCUGAUUUAAUCACGUUUAUACAUGUUUGCUCAUCUUUGAAAACAAGGAUUGACCAAAAUGACCUGCAAAUACUUGUCUGAAAGGACAUAUUAAGACUUGUUUUAUUGUAGAGAUUAGGAAAUGCUGACUGGAAGCAAGAUAAGAUCAGCGGAGCAAAACAAAAAUCUCUGCUGAUGUCGGUGUUUGCCUCUUCCUGUAAACUUUAGAAAGAUGUCUGCACUUGCAGAAACGAUAAUGUCUCUAAAGCUUAAGGCUUUUUUUCAAACUUUGCAAAGUGAGUCAAAUUAGUCAGUUCAUCCACUCACCAUUAUGGGUGGCAAUCUACAGGAUGUAAAUGCAAUUUAGAUAAAAGAUAUGAAUUGUCUUUCAGGGGGUUUUAUUGGAGGAAAUCAUGAAACAGUGUAAUCAAAAGUCAACAUCAAUUUAAUUUGGUGAUAAGAAUCAAUAAACAAAACAACUGACACAGUAACCAGGAAUCUGGAUUUACAGAAAUUCACCUGCUGAUAAGUCACUGAUGGUUCCUUAUGCCACAAGGAAACAAGAUGUAUAAAUUGUCAAUAAACUGUGGUCUUUACACUAAUGUUGUGAUUAACUGUCACAGAAUGACAAUUAUAUUUAUGUGGUAGGUAGGAGAAAACAUUGUCAGUAUAUGAUGAAAAAUAAUCCAACAAAGCUACAACUCGAACUAUAUAAACUGGGCAGAAACUGAGUGUUCAGUUGAAACAAACUGUGGAUUGCAGAGCAGUGACCUGUGGAGUUAUUUGCUGUAAUUUAUCAAGAUUAUAUAUGAAGGCUGCUGUUGAAGAGGUCUUGAAACUCCAAACUCCAAACAUUUUUUAAACUGUUGAUAUCUUUUUGCCAAAGCUCUGACCAACAUAUCCCACAAAUUCCCUCACUUCCUGAUAAAAUUACAUGCAUUUGACUAAAGUUACUCGCUCAGAUAUCUCAAGUGGGUCAUUCGGACUAUAAAUAUCAAACUUUUUUGGCUUUAUUUCCCAAACACUGCUGGAGAACUUCCCCUAUAAAAAUAGUUCCCUUAUCAGUCAACACAAACUUGGCUUCCAUUUUUGUUGCUUUUAUAAACACACGAUGAUGAAUCCUUGCGAACACGUCAUAAUCAGGCCUAUUUGACACCUAGGCAGAGGUAAACUUUGACCUACAGAAUUAACUAGUCUCGUGCGGAGUUUAGCUGUGAGAGGGAGGCCGACAAACAAACACACCCACACAUGCUCCGAUUAGAAUGUCAUAAACACGUCUGUGGUAGCUGUGUGACUUAUGAUGCAGUCGUUAAAAGCAUGAACAUGCAGCCAAAUAAAAAACUUUUCUUCCAGAUCUCUUCCAUGAUCUGGAAAGCAGGUGGAAUCCUAACAUUGGUCUGUCAGGCUUUUUUGCUGUGGCCUAUUUAGCUCCUACUUGUUCUGUUUCAGUACUUUCUUACGCAUAGGCAGAAACUGAGACUCAGGAAUGGAGGCAGCUCGAGGAGUUGGUGUUUAACACUAUUGAAACCGACUGUAGUUUGAUCUUUUGCUAUGCUUGUUUGUUUCCAUUUCGGUGUCUGUUAUUCACGGUUCAGCAUAUCUAUGGUCACACUGUGCCAUUUAGGUCAUUAAUUAGUGUGUUCUAGUGUGGGACGACAUACACAAAAGGACUAGUUAAGUUUUGAGAUUUUACAGUUUUCAUAAUUUUGCUCUGUGUAAAUUAUUAGAAGAAUUAUAUUUCAAAUACAGCCAGCAAGUGCUUGAGAUAGAGUUCAUUUGGCUCAGUGGCUAGCUCUAACAUAAGGAAACAUUUCUGAAUAACACAAUUUUUCAUCUUGUUUUCUUAAUUCACUUCUCAUAGUGUUUCAGUGUCAGUGUAAAGCCAAUGAACCAUCUCAAAUAACAUCACCAGAACAAAAGUCUCAACCAAAGAUCAAGCUGAGUAACAUUUUCUUCAUCUGUGGUUUAAACUACAAAUUUAGCUUGAUCAUUCACAAAGCCUGAAGGGCAAAAUCCAUAUCUACUCCAGCUUAAGUAUAUAAUGGCCAAUUAUGUCCCCAAAGAGUCACCCAUUAAGUGCAACCAUGACUAAAUGGAGGCAGCAUUGAUAGAUUUCCAAACCACCCGAUGAAUUAAGCCCUCAAUGACAUGGUCUGCUGAUAAUUAACUACCAAAGAAAGCUUUUAAUUCUACUGAGCCACUUUUUAGCAUUGUUAUUUUUAACCAUUAUCAAUACAAGAGCGGAUGGUUUCAGGUCCCAUGCAGACUCUUUUCUCCACAGUUAGUGUUAAAAAAGCAGCAAGUGUAUGGAUCCUCUCCAUAUGCACUGACAGAGAGCCCUCUGACACAUUCUUGAACACACCUCGCAGGCGUCCUUGGCCAAAACUCCAUUUAAAUGCAGAGGAGUGUUGUUCACAGUGACACUGUAAUAAGGUUAAGGUUUUUCCUCUACACUACAGUCUGCGGUUAACACUGUUUAUACGCUCCCAGGGUCAGAGUGGUAAAACAAACAUCAGUCUAACCUUACAGUUUUACAAGCUAACCUUUUUUCCUCCCCCCAUCUUUACUGUUUCUUUUAAUGCUCCACACUUCUCCUCAGCAGAUCUUUAAAAGUAUAUACAGUAUUUGGUAACUUGAGUGUCUGCUCAGUGUGUUUCUCUCUCCGUGUUGGGCUGAGUGAGCUUGAUUGGGCACAUAUGGUAUCUGUUGUGUAUCAUUUAUCUCUUGUACUAUCUCAGGUUUCCCAUCACGAGACUCACCUGCUGCUGGCUCCUCUCCCUCUCUCUUUCUCUCUGUAAAGCAGGUGAAGAAAGGGAAGAGUGACAGCAUGGCUCAAGUUGUUCCUCAGCCUUGUCACUCUGACGGGUUGCCCCAUGUAAAAACCCAGCAGAUACCAGUGGUUUCACCCCUGACCUUGGAGCAGAGGAGCCUCAGUCCAGACCCAAUGGAGACAGCUUCCCAUGCACUGGCUUGCAAAGACUCACCAUCCACCACACUACACCUGGGCCACCCAAGUGUCACCCCCUCGAGCUGCAUAGAGCCUCUCAGCAGGUGAGUGUGUCCUGUCUCAGAGCAUGCAGCAACAUCUGAGGAAUUUGGAAAUACAGGAUAAUCCUCGCAAGAUGCUUACUUUUUUUUCCUGGAAAAACAAAUCAUAAAGAUGUCAAAGAAUAUAAAUGGACCACCUGACUGUAGGCAGCAGUUAAACUUUGAGUUAUUGAUCACAUUAAAAAAUGUGAAGUGUAAUGUAGAGUCAGGAAAUAUCACUUUAGUGCUUCAUGUGCACGAUAUGUAUGCUUAAAUUUCGUAUUCCUUAUGCCUGUCUUAAUAAUUAGCUGAAGUCCGUUAAUAAGUAAAAAGAAAUGAAUGGAGCAUUGUCACAAAUUUUUCAGUUACUUCUGCAGUUUUACGAUCUUAGUGUUAUCUCUAAACAUGAGGCUAUACGACCACUGGCAGAUAAAUCUUAUGGCUGUGCAACACAACAAAGCACCGUAUGCACAACCUUCAAACUCACAAUAGGCUCUAUUUUCCUUAGUUAAUUUCCCUUGCUGAAACCUAUGGGUGAUUAUAUUGGUGUUAAACAGGUUAUGCCCUCUGUUUGUAUAUGUGAUGUGCUUUCAGUCGAGGGUGAAGAAUCUUGAGUGUCUGACAGCGCUCAGGGAUCUAAGGCCUGAGUCUUGUGGCAAUGAGCUCCUGGCAUGCAAACAAGCCUAUUAUAAGAAGUUGAAACUUGAACCACCUGGUGUCAAGUGUUCCUCAGUCCUGGAAUAGCAGGGCUACAGCUGUGUCUGUUGUUGGGGCUCUUGCUGCUUUGCUUGAGGGUUCGGGCUAGCUUUUACCUCGGCUGUGGUCACACCUGCAUUGCUUUUGGAAACUAAACUUUGUAUUUUUUCAGUUGACUGAUUUUUUCCUCAUACAUUUUUCAGAUAACUUUAUAAAAGCCACAAUAAAAGUGAUGGAAUCAUUGGAGAAACUACGGCUUAUGAGAUGUAUGAUGUUGAUAGAUGUGAAAGGAUGACCCUGUUCUGACUGCUAAUACAGCCGGACAUACUGCUGACCUUUAAGUGUGACAUUAAUCAGAGUUUCAAACACUGUCAGCACCAGAUCCUUUAACACAUUACAUAAAGUUUAUAGCGACACCCACACAUUGGCGUGCCCUCUUACAUACACUUAGAAACUGCCUGCAUAUCGAUUAGAUAAUACAUACUAUUUACUCAUUUAUAAUGUAAAUAUGUAGUAGGAAAGGUUUUUGGAUUAAUUUUUAUCCUGGAAAAUUUAUUUUCAACUUAAACUUGACAAUUAUUUUUUUUACAUAUAGAAAAUCAAACUCAAACUUUUAAAAUGUUUGUUUUUUUUUGGCUUAUUUACCCCUGAGAUAUUAAAAAAUUAUAUAUUUGCAGUCUAAAUUUUUUUUUUAGAUGAAUCAGGUCAACCAUUGGCUUUUCAUAGAACAGAUGUCCCUAUCCCCGCGAAGAAGUGAUUGUAAUAUUUCCAAGGUAUCUAAAGCUUUCCUCACCAUGUGCAAGUGUCAGUAAAUCUCCUGCUGGGUAUCUCCCACACCCUUAAAACUCCUGUGCCAGGUGGCAUCGGGUGACUGGUGUACAGACGGUAUGACGGGGCAGUCCAGUUAAGUGCGUCAGCAGCAUGAACUCCCUGGUAUUUACUCAUAAACACCUGCAGUUUGUAAAAGAGAAGUCAUCAAUCAUGGAUGCAAGAAGACUUGAUAGAGUUUUUGUUUAUGUUGACAAAUCUAAAACUUUGAGCCUUCAAAAGGUUUAAAGACAAAGCUUUUGUUUGAUAAAGGGAGUUUGGGUGUCUAUUAAGAAAGGUUUCAGAUUUGAGUAGCUUGUGGUUUUGACUCAUGACCCGCAGCAAAUGCAUGACUUGCUGUGAUUUGAAAAUUUUCCAUGAGUGAAUCCCACUGUGUUUUCAUAUCUGUGUCCGCGCUCAUGCCUGUUUGUCAGCUUGCUCUCACUUUCCAUGGGUAUGUGUCAUACAAGCCUGUGUCAGCACAGAGCAGCAUACACACCAGAACAGCCAUGUACAUCUAAAUUAAACUUAACUUUUCAUUUUACUUAAAUGUUAGGUGUGAUGGAAUCCAGUUAAAAUGUUUUUGGGUUUUUGUUUAAGUGUCGUACAUGACAUCAAGUAGUUCGGACUCGUGUCUGCACCUUGUUGGUGAUGAAGAAGCAACUUAGAGAAUUAUCUGAUGACAUAUAGCACAUACUCCCCUCAUUCUUGGAGCUGCCCCUGUCCUGAGUCUUCUGGUCACUUAAAUUCACUCACUCUUAACUCAGCAUGUAAACUUUCUUCAUCCGAUAAAAGUGUGAAAUGAUUGAGUACGCUACAGCGCUGUUACCUGUACCUGAAAUAUGACACCAGCCUCACUCCCUACACAGGCCACACGGGCCAACAUAGCAGCACCAUGUGAACUUAUCUUGCCUUCUGCGUUGCGUAGUUGCUCAUAGGUGAUGCAUGCUGGCUUUUGUGUGUAGUUGCCAUGGUUCACUGAAACUUGUGAUGUAACCAUUGAAUUUCUUAGAAGCCCAUUGGAAAUUGGUAGAAGUGAGGAACUUUGCAGUGUGGUGUGAGAGCAGGCUCCCUGCGGGUAUAUUGGUAUUGUUGGUUGCCUGUCAGGAAGUCUCAUCCAUCACCCUGAGAGGACCACUGGCAAGACUAGACUGGUUUUCUUGCAUUUCUGAUCUUAGAGCUUAAUUUUCAGUACUUAUGCAGGACAGAGAUCAAUAAUUUAACUAAAAUCAACCACAUCGCUUGACUGCAUUUUCAGAAACAAUCAACCAUCCUCUGGUGAUUGAUCCUCUGGGGACAAUGGCGAGUAUUUCUCCGGAUGUGUAGCUGUUCGAGUCAAAACCAUUAAAAUGAACUGCUCAGUGUUAUAUAUGAGACUCUUUACCAUUUGGGGGCCUGAAGCCUCCUGAAGAAAAGGCCAUAAAUCUUACAGAUGAUGUUUUAGAUGUUUAAAGUUGAGGUCAGUGAUCGAUGAAGAUGUAUGUGAGAGCUAGAAACACAAAUAAUACAUGAGUUGUAUUUUUUCUUAAUACCUCAGCUUGCUGCCUUAAACAUGUUGGUAUUUCUUUGCUAAACCGCCCCUUUCUUCCAAUAACUUCAGCAUACAAAACAUUGCUGAGCUGGAAUUACCUGACAAAUACUUAAGGUCAUGACCACCUACACUUAGGCACUGCGGUAUUCCAAAAAUGUUCAGUAUUAGUCCAAAGGAUGACUAAUUGUAGGUUUGGGGGCUGUGAGUGACUUUCAGUCUUAGGAAAGGAAGUGAGACGCACGAGGACACAUAUUCCUGAUCCUCCUCAACUUUUCUCUUGAAUAUUAAGACACGUAAGCUCUGAAACUGAACUCCCUAAUCAAACAGUUUGAGAGAGUUUUGAACUUUCAUUUUGCCCUGAAGUGUGUGUGUGUGAUUUUGGACAAUGUAACAAAAGGAAAGGGGGAGGCAGAAGGACUCUGCCAAAAAAGAUUGGACUCACACUUGUGGUAUUACAGAGCGUCUGCAUAGUCAGACCUCCUUUGUCCACCUGUUUUAAAUAUUGUUAAAAAGUGGAGCAUGUCAAUGUUGACCAACUUGUCAUUGGUAGUUUUCCAUCUGUCCUGAAGGGAUCAGGACUUUUCUGAGCACCCCUACAAAGCUUGUCCUUAUCCCCUCAGUAAGGUAGUGGGUAAGCAGGAUUUCCGCUUUCUCAAUUCACGGCAGCAGUGACGGCACACAUUAUUUUAAUACGCUUGCCAGACUGUGUAACACCAGUUAAGACGUUUUGGGGAGAAAAACAUUCACUCCUGAGGCUCUCACAGAGUUUGGAAGUGUUUGUGGUAAGUUACACCUGCACCUACAUUGAGGCAAACCGUUGUACAGUUCCUGUACAUAAUGUCAUGGGAGAAGACUUUGAAGUUCAGUGAACUUUGACCCAUUUUGUUUCUUGCUUGACUUGAAACCUAAACCCUUUGUUUUGAACACGUUGAUGUGCUACCCAAAGUGGUUUGUCCUCCCCUUCACAGCCCCUUACUGUAAGCCCCAUGAAUGCACGUCACGUACCAAAACACACCUGAGAACCAAACAUGCACUCAGUGUUCCUCUCAGCAACAACUCCUGUUUUCAGGUUUUAGAACAUUUGAGGCUUGACAUAUACAAUGGCUACAAACAAACUGGGUCUUCAUUGACACAGCCAGCAAUACGAGCUCAUUUGAGAAGGUGCAGACAUGUUUUUUUAUUGUUCCUUUAAAAGUACACAAAGGAGAUUUUCUGCACUGCUUUAUUGAGACUAUUUUUGACUCCCUCUGUACUUUAAACACACUUCUGUGAGUGAGAACUACAUUGAAUUUCAAUCUUUUACCACAUAUUCACUUCAUAUUCACUGAUGGAAUAGAUAUUUUAUCACUCACAUUUUUAAUUGUCCUUAAAGUUAACUUGUAAUAAAAAUUGCUGAAGUAACUGUUUUAUCACAUUAAAAAAAGUCAGAUUUAUCAAUGAAUAUUGAUUGAUUUUCACCAGUACACUGGUGGAUUAGUCAAGUAGUUUUUCAGCACCCUCAUCACUAAUCCAUUAUUAAAACUGUGAUAGAGAGUAAACACAAAGCCCUAAAAAAUCUUGUCAUUUUCUAUAUGAUAAACACUAAGUUUACCCUGUUGAGUGCUGUACCUGUUGUCAACAUUUUGAAUUUGACCUUUUGUCCAAAUCCUUUUUGUUACAUAAUUUCAAGUCCAGAACACCUGUAGAGUUCAUUUAGUUUGGGUGAGUGGUCGUCUUUCAAAGUCUAAAGAGGAUUUGUCACCCCUUUCACAAGGUAUACAACUCUCACAGCAUGAGGUCUGUUUGAGUGCAGUGGUAUCCUCAGUACCGCCACAGACGGUACAGAGAUUCUGCAUAAAAUAAGCAAAAUGGGCUUUAUAGACUGUGUCUUAAGAUCAAUCUUGAUGUCAUAGUAGGUUUUCUGUGAAUUUCAAACACGUAAUUUGGGGCUUAAAAUGCAGUUGAUAGGAUUUCUAAUGUGUGAAUAAAGGCACUGUAGGGAGUUUUUAAAAGGUUAAGGAACAGACUGAAACCGAUACUUAUGCCUCUUUAUAACCUUCAAAAGCAAAAUGUGAUCACACAACAAGGCUGCAAAUUUAUCUGCUUGCAGCCUAAUAUUACCGGUGUAGUAGAAGUGGCAGGUAACGUCGGAGCUGUUCAGCUCUUGGACACUAAUGUCUUCAGGGGCAUGAUGAAAGUUAAUAUCAUGUUCAGCUUUCUUACGAGCAUUGCAGUCCACUAAUGCACAUGCUUUUUCCACGAUUUUCCUCUCUAUUUCUCUGAGUCUGGCCUGCAUAGUGAGGCUCGAUGGGCGGAGCUUGUAUUUGCUAUGUGGGAAAUCUCACUAUGUCUGAACCUGCCAUUUGGGUCUGCCAGAGAUUCAUAGCGAUUUGAAUGAAGAAAUACUCAGAAAUGCAAUUUCACACUUACUUUUCUCAUGAAAUGUCCCUUAGCGUCAGAAAAAUGCCUUAUGAACAUGUGAAAAACAAGAAAAACAUGAUUUCAUUAAUGAAAGCACAAAGGAAGGCUUCAUGUCAGAAGAAAUUUAUCAUCCCCAUUUUAGCUAACCUUGAUUUAACAAUACUGUAUUUAUUAACGGGUCCUUUUGGGUUCAGUUUUGUUGUUUUUCUUCCUGCUUUGAUUUAAGAGAAGAUAAAUUCAGUAUUUCAGCUUUGCUAGGCAAACAAGAAGGGGUGAUUACGAAAUUUUCAACUCAGUAAGUGCCAGGAUAUGAAAAUGUUAAGCAAGCAGCAUUCAGCGCCGACACCAAGUUCCUCUAAAUGUUGGAUAAUUUCAUCAUGAGCUGCUGGCAUGCAGCCAGUGGCAGUAGACAGCCUAUAUUCUAGAGCAGCACACAUUUCUCUCCUGGUUCAUAAUAAUUACCAGAGACAAGUCCCACAAAGGCACUGAUCUGUAGCUCUGCAUGGCUAUUAUUCUGCAGACAAAAGCCAGCCUUAUGCUCCUAUUUUCAGCACCAGUGACAUGUAGCAAUGGGUGGGUGUGUGAGGAGGGGUGGGGGUUAAUGUUUUUAUGCCAUAGUGCUUCACAUAACCACAUCCUACAAGCUAAUUAAUAACAGUACUUUUUUGUUUAUUUCAGCUCUCAAGAAGAGGAAGACAGGCCAAUAUCUCCUUUCUAUAUGAGGUAGGCCUCCUUUCUUUGAGUUUGAAAGUUUUCAGGUUACCAUGUUGUUUUGGAGUGGAGGUGUGGGGGAAGUGGCUGUGUGCUGCUUUAGUGCAUUAUCAUCGGAAACAAUGGAAUCACCAGUUAGAGGGAAAGCGGGGCGGCGUGCACAUGCAACAGUUUGCUCAUCACUGUUCGGUUAUUGUGGCAGAGGCAGCCGCAGCACAUGUUUCUGAUAAGACCCUGAAGGAAAAACAUGACCAGAUAAAGAGAGAAAUAACUGGAUCAAACAUUACACAUUUAACGUGGGAACAUUGAACUGCCAUGCGAAAAUCGGACAACAACAAUAUGUGUUCACUAGUAACAGUGGCAGACACAUUAUUGAUUAAUUUGUUAUCACAAGAAAACGAACUUUGUUAUAUCAAGAUAACUAGAUAAUUAGUCGUUAUCAUGAAAUAACAGUGCAUUAAAAAAGAAAAAUCCAUGGCUGUUCUCGUCUUCCAUAGUAAAUUUCCCUCCAUCCAGUUACCUUCUUUUUUCUUACAAAACGUAAACAUGCUGUUGGUGCUCAUACAAAUAAACAACAACAAAACAAUAUUGUUAAAGCAAAAAUCCCUGUGUAGUUAAAUAAAAAUGCAUGGAUACAAUUUAUAGCUAAUGUCUUGAACUUACAUGUUCAAGUGGUAAUGUUUCCUUGUAGCCAAACUACACAUCCUCAUGGCCAGUGGUUAAUCAUUAGUCCUGCCAUCCUUUCCCAUUUAGCUCUUAUGGUUUGUUGACUUAAAGCAUAUAAAAUGCAGCAGUUUGUCUAGACAGUGUAAACGGCUUCUUCCUCCAUUUAUUAUUAUGACUUGACACGUUUUUGUUGGGGUUCUGUCCGCUGAUAUGACCAUAAAGCUGUUAUGGCUGAGGGGGCUGUCUGUGUGAUGAAGUCUUUUCAAUGCUUUUUCUCCCAAAACAGUUUUGUACAGACAAGGACCAAAGUCUCUCAUGACAAGGCCUUCAGAGCUUACUGAAAAAUACAUUUAAAUACUUUUUUUAAUGUAUACCUGCUGUGAAAAAAAGAAAGAAAUGCUAGCCAGGCAUUAAAACGUUCUUCAGAUUUCUGUGGUCCAAAUAAAUCUUGAAGCCAAAAUAUAAGGUCUUUAUAUAAACAACAAAUAAAACAACUUGAGUAUUAACUCUCACUCAAGUAUUUUGCCCUUUAUAACCAAUGAAACACAAAACUUUACUGCCCAUGAUAGAAAGGUCAGAGGAGUCGCACAUUAAGCCAAGUUGGUCAUUAAUAGAGUCAGUUAUAUGUACAGUAUCUAUAGAACUGAAUACCUGACUAUAACAUAUGUGUUUUACUGGGGGAAUGUAAUCUCGUUGUAUUUGUUGCAUAAUCUUUGCUUUAAGUGCACUUCCUGAGUAAAAUGGAGAUAGUGGUUUACUAAAGUACACCCUGAUUCAUAAAACCUUUUAAAGCACUCCAUAAGUCUCUAUAAUGCAUUUAAAAACCUGUACACCCAAAGUAUGCAUACAUGUAAGUUUGACCGUAAAGUACCCAAUGCUGAUGUUUGAAGUGAAGUUGAUUGAAACUAUAGAGCUUAUUCUCAGCAUCAUGUCACCAGAGGAAAAGUCAGUUUAGGUCUCAUGUUUUGGGGACCACAAACUUCUAUCAUUGCCAUCAUCAGAAGUUGUGUGAGCACAUAUUCUUCCUAUGUGGGGAUUUGAUCAGUAUCUUUGUUUUCUGUUCACAUCAUUUCAGUGAAUCUUGGAAUAUUGGUUGAGCUGAACAGGGUAAUAAAUGUGGAUGUGAUGUUUGACACGUCUGUACACUGAAUGAUUAAUCGGUAAACAGGAAAAAUGACUCACAGCUUUAAUAAUAUUACAAUCAUAAUCUGCUGCACUAAUUUGUCUCACUCUAAUUUGACUAGACUGAUCACUGUUGACACUUUGUCUCUGCCUUCUCCCUCUCAUUUCCUUAUCUUGCUCACACUCAGCGGUGAUGACUAACUCCAUUGCCUACUUGCACUUUGUCACAUACACACACAUAUGCAUCACAGACCUUUCCUAUCUCUGCUGAAGUCUGCUUGCAUUCUUUUUCGUACUGAGACGCUUAACCUCAUCAACACAAUCAUUAAUGAUAAUAAAUCAUUAUAUUUUUAUUCUCCAUGAGUUGUCCAAAGACUAUGAGGGUUCUUGCUAAAAUCUGACGGUGGUGUAACACUGGAUUACCUGAAUGGACGCCCCAGGGUACACAAUGUAGGGAAUUUAACCGGUAUAAGCUUAAGCCUUGGAAGCUUUGGAGUUGUUUCCUCUUGUUGUUUUGUGCCUUACUGAACUCUACAGAAACAUUAUUUUGGUCUUCCCAUUUUUCAGCCCUUUCUUUCUUGCUUAAAGGUCCCAAAUAACCCCAAUUAUAUAAUGCCUUAAGCCCUUUUAAAUCAAAGAAUUGUAUUGCCAGCUCUCUACAAUUCACUGUCAGUGCAACAAUGAUAGAUCAAUAAUUUGAUUUAAAUUAUUAGAAAAAGAAAUGACUGAAAUAAGUUUAUCCAUCGGACGAAAGAGACUAAAAAGCAGUGAUUAUCUGGGAGUUGAAUUCUGACCACACUCAACCUCACUAACAACCGUUUGUGAGGUUAUGAAGAGUCUACACAAAAGAUGAUAAGUGUUCAUGACUGGACACUGUAUGAGAAGAAUUGACAACUGACACUUAUGACAGUUCAUAAGUUUAAAUGUAGAGGUGUUUGUGGUUGAGAAACAACAAGAAAGGCAAGUUAAGUGACCAUCAAACCUAUAACCCUUUGCUGUGAGGGAUGCUGCCUUCAGGAAAGGAAAUACUAAGACUCCAAGUUGAUAUGUGGCACAGAGGAAGAAAGUCAAACUGAGAAGAAUCUCAAUGGUUUCACUGACCUUUGAAAUUCUCUGGAUAAGGCCUAGUCCUGCAUCUAACGCACAGCAGCCUCUGUGCCAUGAUGACAAAAUAUAACAGUCCUGACAGGGUGCUAACACCAAGUGCACAGAUAAGCCUCAGGAUUCUUUCUCUAAUAACCCAGUCCCGUCUCCCCCCUUUAAAGCUUCUCAGAUGAAGCACUCAUUGCUUGGUAACUAUGCUAAAUUCAUCCCCUGGUCGUGGUCAUGGUCUGCCCCCCCUGUGCAAUCAAGCAUAUGCUGAAACACCAACCAUGCUGAUAAUCAACACGGCCAAAGGACAACACCGUGCUGAAGGAGCAAUGGACUUCUUUAUUGUACAUGACAGCAUUUAGCAGAUUAUUUUCACACACUGGCACUCAGAGACUUGAAAAGACCUAAACUUCCCUAUCAAGUAUAGCAUCUUCAAUACAAUUCUCAGUUCUUUCUCCAGUUUGAAGAAAGGCUGUGUGAAGAGGCAGGAGUAUGGUCUGACAGAAUAACUGGUAGUUUUCUGUACUUCUAUUCUUCAGGGUUAAAACUGGAUAGUGUAAUACAAAAGGAACUCACACAACCUUUUUGUGGCAAAACCACUAGCUGGUCUCUUUUCUCGAACUUUUGAGUGGGACUGGUGUAGUAUCUAACAAUUUUAGUAUCUUCCUGUUGAAGAAAGGAUCGCAGGCUUAGCUCCCUUCUAUUACUCGGUUGGAGAUACCCAUGUAGUGUUUCUGAUGCAAGAAUCCAACACUCUUGCUUUAUGGCCUCUUUGACAGUGGUUAAUGACUCCAAGUGUCCCCAUUGGACACAAGGCAACAAUCCCAUCUCAUUGCUGAAGUAGUGUAAAGUCUUUUUUAUCCACCAGUGAUAUUACAUCCUCUGGUAAAAUACCAAACGGUCACACUUUUUCUACACUGAGUGCCAACCUGAACUUUAUUUGGGAUCAUGGUCACGGCAACGAGGUAUUUAAUUUCUUCUUCCAAGCAGGCGUGCUCAGCUGUUUAUUUCAUUAACGGUCUAAAUGUAAGCGCCGACUUCACAUUAAGGACUGACAGACUGUAGAUACGGGCAUGGACAGAGUUUUGUUUUUUUCUGGAUGUCAUCAAAACGAACCAGAUUCCAGUAAACCAUAUUAGGACAUAAGCAGGGAUGAGGAUCAUCAGAUAAACAUUGCUUUAUUUUAAUUGGUCACAAGCCAAAAAGGGUUUGGCGCUACCACCACCAUCAUAAACCAUGACAGUAUCAGUGCUAAAAUUAAAACCACAGAGCAUGGCACACUGGAUUUGAUAUGCCACUAGCAUUUCUCAAGGGAUCAUAGCCACCUUACCCUGGCACAGUUAAGUAGUCCACCCCUCUCAUCACCUCCAUAUCUAAUGCAGCUGCAGCACAAAGGACAGCCCUUGACAGAUGAGGACACAUCCAGAAACUACUGUCAUAUUCCAGGCCUGAAUGUGUCCACUUCACACCUUUGACAUCUUCUGGCUUUAUGGUCUAAGGUUAAGUUAACAUAAGUAAGCCAUUAAACUAUUUCAUGUUGUUUUAACCUGUUGCGUUCAGAGCCAAGUCUAUUAUUAGUUAGAGGUGGGGUAAUAUUUUUCCUGUCUUGCUCAAGACGAUGGAACAAUUAGGUCACCUUAACUGACAUCACCCUGAGUGCUCUGCUUGUGUGAAAUAUUUCUCUAAAUAAAUAAAACUGAAAUGACACUGAUGAAUCAUUCUUGUAAUAACAGAAAUAUUGUUUGGCAAGUCUAUCUACUAACCGAUAAUAAAAAAAACAUGUGAUGUUUACAACCUCAUGUCUAUGACUUGAUCUUGUUAAACCCAUAACAAUAAUCAUGGUCUGAUUGUCCCCUUUUGGUUUAUUAUCCCAGCCUGCGGCUUAGUAAUGUCAGAGCUAUCGGACACAGGUCACCUUCACUGUGUACAGUCACUCCAUCUUUUUUUAAUCAGUGCAUCAUUUGAGCAUCUUCCCGGCUGUGCUUGUACUGUCAAUACCACUGUUUAUGGAAGAUUUUUUCAGGUCAUCCCUAAACAUGGUGAGCUAGCUGAGCUGCAAGAUAAACAGACAUGACGUAGUGCAGGUGGUGAAAGGUCUUCUUAGGAAAGGAAAGUGAAGACUUGGGGAACUUUUUAUAAAAAGAAAAUGAAUUCUGAUUAAUAUUGUUUUGUCUUGAUUGAAAUUAGGUUCCCAUUUUUUCUUUGCCUUUGACUCUUAUUUGGAUAAAAAUCCCUUAGAAAACACAAUUAAUUUAUGGUCCUCAUUGCCAUAAAAGAAUCCCUGACUUGGAUGCAUGAGUUAAUUCUUCCAUAGGUAGAGAUCUUCAGUUUAAAAGAAGCAGAAAUCACAAGCUUUAUCCAGUUUAGUCCAGAUCUAAAUAUGAUGAAUCACUUUUAUUCAUUCAUUAAUGAUUACAUUAGCAGUUACAGACUUUUAUUUGUGGUAUGACACCUUUCACUUUCAAUUCCUCUUGACAUGUUCUAACAAAAAAAAAAGAGAGAGAGAGCAGGAAAAUAAGGAAAAAGAAAGAAACUGCCCCAUAUAAUGGUGCUGACAAGAUGUCCUAUUGUUAGACUUCCUGGUAGUCAUAGAAGCUGGCCACUAUGCUCUCAGAAGACCUACUUAUGCUCUGACCAGCCCAGCUGGAGUUAACAGUCACUCAUGCACACUAGAUGCCUUGAUCACCUAGGGCAAGACCCAGAGCCCGGGGGAUUUUUAGCGUUGCUCAGUGACCUGUUGUGACCACCUGUUUCUGGGGCAUUAACUCACCUUUCCCUCUUGUUUUUCUUGCAGUAAACACCUCUCUCUUGUCCACUGCAAACCAGACGCUGCAAAGUAAGUGGACUCUAUUACUGUCACAAUAAUAUGCCAUGUUACAUAGCAAGUACUCUUGGAGCAACCUGUUUUUAUGUAAGAUACUUUUUCUCAUUAAAAUAUUUUAUAGAACAAUAAAGUUGCAAAUUUCUGACCAAUGCCACUCUGUGUUUUUUUUUCUUUAAGUUUUCUGAACAGGACGAUUCAUUCAACCGUGGAGCAGCACCUCUUCGGUGUAAACACUCUUUGGGAUCAAAGUUCAGAAGACUGUGAGUUGACCUCAUGCCCACCGUCUCUAAGAUUGACACCAACCGCCCGACAGAGACGUCGACACCAAAGGGAGCAACAAGAGGAGGGGCUGAGACGCAAAGAAAGAAACAGGUACAGUUGGUCUGCCAUCAUCCUGUCAUUGGACGUUGAUGGUACCAGCAUGAAGACAGAUGCAGUUCGUCUUUGGCUGCCUUACAAAACAGUCCAGCAACAACCCUCUGGCUACUAUCACCUCAUUUUUGCCAAUAUAGGUAUCUGUCCUUGUAGCACUCUUAAGACAAGUCGAUAAAUGAAGGGUGUUUAUUUUGCAUGGCAGUGCCUUAAAGGGGCCAAUGUUGAUAUAUACACAGUAUAUGUACAUCCCAUUGUUUAUGUUAAGCAACUUUUCAUUUGUGUUAAGUUGAUGUUAGUGGCAUGUGUUGUAUUCAUAUUCCUCUAAUGUUUCUCUACACUGACCCCACAGAGAAACUCUUUGGUUAUUAUGCCCUGUGCAAAACCUCUUGGUUGCAAAAAGUGAAUGUGAUUAUUAAAUAGUGUGGUGACAAGUUAACAGAAUAAUCUUGUAGUUAUAAUCAAGAUAAAGUUUGAACUUUUAAAAGAGUUUCCCAGUUAACUCAUCCCCUCAGAACCACAGAAUUACGCAACAAGUUGUCGCUCUCUUAUUCACUGAGCCGGGGCAUUAGAUGGUCCACAAUGCAAAUAUACAAAUGAAUUUGUAAAAGAAGCAGAUUUUCACCAAAACUCCACAGGUAGGAUUGAAUAGUUGGAAACAUUAGGAAAUAAUUAUUGGAGUAGAUUCACUUCAGGAAGGGCGUCAUCUUAAAGGGAUAUUCCGGCAUAAAAUUAAUUAAGGGUCAAACACACCUUAACACCGCGUUAGACACCCUGUCAAGAGAUGAAUGGUUCCGACCGCUUGCUUCUCUAGUUAUACCAACUUUAGUAACGACCGCACGAUAGCAAUACAUAGCAGUCUGAGGAGCCAUAAACAAACCUCAACCAAAACGCCACUCUAUAGCCACAAAUCAUGCGGUCGUUACUAAAGUUGGUAUAACUAGAGAAGCAACAGGUUGGCAAAAUUUAUCUGUCGAGGGGGUGUCGAACUCGGUGUUAUGGUGUGUUUGAGCCUUAAUUAAUUUUACUCCGGAAUAUCCCUUAAAGCCUUUGCCCAGAAUUAAUACUAUUGCAAAUUUAGAAAUACGGCAGAUGAUUAAUCCUCGUUGAAUGGCAUCCCAUUGGCUGACCUUUCUCACGUUAACAAUAUACAAAAUAGUCUUUCUCUGCUGGUAUGGCACAGUAAAGAUGGCAUUCAUUACUAAACCCUGACCUUAGUUCCUCCAUGCGGAACCACUACCUCCAGUUGGUGCUUUGGUGACAGUAAACAACCACAAGCUUUCAUUCUGUUUGAAAGCUGCUCCACUGAGGCACAGUACAGUCAUAACAAGUGGAGUCAUUGCAGUGAGAAGCUAAUCUUUGUUGAUAGAGAGUCUGUUAGAUCAGUGACACAUGGAUUAGAGGAGUGCAUUAGUCCAAAGACUGCAGAAAAUGUCAGUAAGAGCGUGGACAGUAAAUAGACAGUAAAUAGAAUUAGUACCAAAGCUAAACAGCUCAUUAGCUUCAGGAGAAGAUAUAAGGAAAUGAGCUAUCAGGAUGCCCUUGGCAUUUACAUUCUUGAAACAUUUCAGCCAAUGUCAAACUGAUAAAGACAAACCAGAGUGUGCAACACUGACAGCAGGAUCGAAAACAGAUGACUUAUUUCUUCUCUGCUUUCCUUUCUGCCCGAGUACAGAGCUGUAUCCAUCAGAGCAGACACCAACAAGGAGAACAUACCAUCAAGCAGUGGAAGCAGCUCAGUCAGUGUGAGGGAGGACACAGGCCUGAACAUGAACUCCCAGGGAGGUCAGAGUGGUCAUGCCGAGCGAGCCCCCAAACCAAGGAAGAAACACAGCCCAACGCUGGUGCAGCUUAUUGACAACCAGGAUGCCCACACGGUGAGUCAUCGCCGUUUAUCCUUGUGAUUUCUCACCAGCUUGGUAGAGUCUGUCCUACUUUUCUCCGUGAUUUGAUUUUAUUUACUGCUCCUUCCUCUACUUUAUUAUCUCUCCCACUAAAACAGAUCAGUUGCAGAUGCAUGUCUGUCAGUAGAUUACCAUAAGAAAGCAAGUUUUUUGUCGUUGUUGUUUGUUGCAGUGUCUCAUCCACUUUAGGUUGCAGUAAAUUCUCCAGUCUUUGCCAUUGUUAUGAGCCAGAAAUGUCUUUUCAACAGUUCAUGGGGAUAUUUUGCAAGCUGCAAUUGCACAAAACUGAUUGUAUCUCGGUUUCUGCAUCAUCAUCAUCACCUCGCGUUGUGUUACAAAUUAAUCAGUUUAUCGAAGUAACUUGAUAUUUUUUUAUUUGCUGUCUCUUGAUUUAAAGGAAAAACAUAGAGUUAAAUCUCGUUAUUUUUUCUUUAACCAGCUUCAGUCAAAUAAAAAAUAGAAUUUUUAUUUUGACCAAAAUAUGUCUCAGCACUUGGUAUUACUUCUGGUCAACACUGAGUGCUGACAAUAAAUGCUCACUGGAAUUAGUGAAUUGGUCUGCUUUUUUUUAUUAAAUUAAAGACAAGAAUUAAGUUCAUCAUGCCGUCCAUUUGCAGUACAUGCUAUUUGGACAAAGUUAUCAAGACGAGACAGUUUCAUAAAUCAGCUGAUAAAGACGUGUUUUGAUAGAAAAGCAGGCUUGUUUUUGUGUUCAGGUUAAGGUACCAAAAUCACAUUUCUAUAUUGUAGAUUUAAAGGACGAGUCUGAGUCCUCAGAAAGUCUACGGGCAGGAGAACAAAAACACCAACUUCAAAACUGAAGCUCCUCUAAUGUAAAGAUUUGGUGCUUUAGUUCGCGCAUCAUUGAGUCAUCAUGAGUAACGGUGACAGCUGUAAUUGAAGAGUGUGUGAAAGCAAUCGAAACCUCAACCAGAACAUAGCGUAAAGUUUACUGUGUCUUUAUAGUAACACUAUCUAGAAAGUACACACUCUUCUUACACGACUGCAGCAAGAAGUGAAGUUGUUAUUCACACUUUCUAAUGUAAAGUUCAGCUGUCGCUCUGAAUCGAUGACUACUGUGUUACACUCGUACGUAUAUGAUAGGCGGCAGAAUCGUGAUGAGCGGGGCAAAUGUUGUGCUGAGUGGCUGACACAGAGGUUUGAUGAUGUGAGGAAACACUGAGGGGUAUCAGGGGGCCUAAAUCACUCUAGUGUUUUUGAAGGGCAGUAACACAGUAUAUAUAUAUAUAUACAUAUAUUUUCUUUCUAGUUGAUGUUUUACUUGCUGAUUUUUUAUUAUUUGUAGCCAUAAAAUCAUCAUAUAGGGGGUUUAAAGGUUUGGUUUUGAGUAGAAUACUUGAACAACUAUUAGAUUUUAAUAGAUUUUAAUUCCCCCUGUGUUUAUUAGCUCUGCUUAUAUAACAUUUGUAUUUAUCUUUUUUUUUUUUCAGUUUAAGGAAUGUGUUGAGAGACCAGGGUCAAACCACAUGGAGACAUUUCAGAAAGGGUAAGCUCCUAAAACCUCAACUUGAUCCCCAAAAGAUUAAAAACAAAUUCAGUCCACAUGGUGAAUUUCCUUUUCUCUCCAACUUUACCCUCUCUAACAAACAGCAGAGUCAAAGUAUGUGGUACUUGUUUGUUUUCCGCGCUGAUAAGCUACUGACUGUUUGGCGUACUGAGAUGUUUAUAACACACACUGUACCUGACAGAUGAAGACAAAGCAAAGAGAGGCCUGUGUGUCGAUCUGAACUGUGUGGGGUUUUCACAGCUUUCAGACUAAAGCUGGAGAACGUCUAAUCCUGCUGUCUUGCAUUUAUGCAUCAUGAACUCAUGUGGUCAGUCAGGGCUUCUCUGCUAAACUGGUUUCUCUCUCUCUCUCUGAUUUUUAAGGAAUGACAUUUCAAGAAAAGAUUGCCUCACCUCUCCUCCUCCUCCUCCUCCACCUCAGGUAUGUUCAAAUUCAUAUUUCCUUCACCGCAAGUCUCUCGCUCUCUUGUCUGUGUGGUUUCACUGUACGCUUCAGCUUUCCUCUUUACUUCUCUCACAUUGUUAAAGAAUGCUCUGCUAUGCUUGUACCACAGUACAAAAAUAGAGCGCCAGAUUUCAGGGAGAUGGAUUUGGAAAAAAAAAGGAUAGACUGAAUAUUUAAUCUCAGGGUUGGUUUGGUACCGACUGAAAUGUGUUAGCAGAGCCAAGCCAAGCUCCAAAAGAUUGAAACUUUACUCUGGACAACCUCAUGAGUAUUUUACAAUUGUAAAUAGACCUCUUUUUUAAUGAAAUUUUAUUUGUAUUCUUUUGAUAAUGAAACAUAAAUCAUUCACAUUGUUUUGUGAAAGUUUUAUGCUACGAGUGCUCUGUCAUAGGUCACAAAAAGGGAAUCAGGAACUAGUAAAAUGAAACUAAAGAAUUAAAUCAUGUAGUGUGAAAUGUUUUGAAAAAUUAACACUAGACUGGACACACCAGUCUGGUCUCUAACUCAUGAGUGCUUGGUAACAUGUUCAGAGAUAAGUUGAACAGAAACUCCUCUGUAAUUCCACUGUAACUUAAAAUAUUACUUUUAUUUGAUUAAAACGGGUUAUCCUCCUGUUAUUUUUACGUUAGUUUACAGUCAGCGGAUAAAAUCACUGUGGACUGCAUGCACCUUUGAUUGUGUUCCUAUGGCUGUGUGCAGAAGGAAAAAAAGUCACCUUCUCCAUCUGCUUGCUUCCAGUUUUAUUCUGGACCGGCACCAAAGCUCAGAAUCAUGCACCAAUAUGGUGAAUCUCUUUCUAAGCAGACCAGAUGGAUUUCUGUGGCAGCUCAGGCUACAGCUCUGCACCUCCACAAACACCACACUGUGCCACACUGAGCUACCAUCUGGAGUCGGCGUGCAGCCACAACCUCUCUGCUGUUCAGUAAAGCCCUGGUUACAACUGCAGAGCCACGCAGACAUGAUAACCUCUUCACCUGCAGUGGAUUUCUUCACGUUUGUUAAAUCCAUGAGGCUUAACCUCUUUUUACCUGCCGUCAGUCUGAUACAUGCAGUAUCUGGGUGCUGUGGCAGAGAUGCACCUUUCCCUCUUUAAUUUUACUGCAAAUUUGAUAUAAUCCAUUUAGUUUCAGGUAACAAAAUGGUAACAAGUGAGGACAAAUACACUCUAACACCUACAUUAGACUCACAAUCCCUUAAUUUCAAUGUUGCAUAUCUUCAUCUGUGUCUUGUUUUAGCGUCAGUAUCUGAAAAUCAUUUGCACGUGACUCCUCCUUCAGAACAUCUUGUGCCUCCACUUAAGACAUUAGAUAGAAGGAAGUGACAGUUGUUUACAGCAUUCACUCGUCAAUCAGAUAGACCAUAAGUAAUAACUGCAGAUCAAGUGUUUUUGUCAAAUUUAGCCGAUACUUUGACGUUAGCUCAGAGAAACAGUGAUGGUUGCAGAAGCAGCAGCGUCCAGUGUACUCGACACGUGUAUUUGUGGCGUGCUUAGGCUAACUUCCAACAACAGUCCCUCUGUGGGCUUUGAUACUUUGAUGAGUGACUUUUUUUUUCAUAAUAGUAAUGUGCAUGCAUGUAUGUGUGUGUAUGUGCGUGCACGCCUGUGUGUGUGAGUGACUGUGGUUUAGAUUGAGUAAGUGUGCAGAGAGCUCUGCCACACGAAGAUUGUGAGGCAAAAGAAAACAAAGCUAUCAGUCAGCGAGCUUAUGUCAGACCAAAUCCUCUACGCUUUGUGUGUGUGUGUGUGUGUGUGCGUGUUGCCGUGUGUAUUUGUGUAUUCAAGAUAGUGUUCUUGUCUGUGUGCAAAUUCAGCAAAAAUGCCCUCAAAAUUCCAAAUUGUGUUUGUUUGUACACUGUUUGUAAGCCCCCUAAAACACAGCGUAAUCAUUGUCGAGGGCGACCCUCCCCUCAAAACACAAACACACACAUAGUAGCUCUGUGUAUACCCCCUCCUUUGUACCAGCUGGACCUCACAUGAUGAUGUAAUCAUGGUUUGAGUGUGUUUGACCGAACACAGUGGCUGAUGUUCAGCAGUGUAUGUGCGUGCAUGUGUGUGUGUGAGUGUGCGCGUGCGUCUACAUUUGAUUUAAAUGCGAACACAGCGGGAUCACUGUAACAUCUGUGCUCUUGCUAAUCCCCUGUGUUCUGCUCAGAGCAUCUUAAAGUGGAGGAACAUUGUACUCUCCACAGUGAUUCCCUCUGGAACUGACUCUGCCUGGGAGUAUUGAUUGCAGAUCGAUCGAAGUGGCAUAAACUAAUCAUCUAGUCUUUUAUCAAACUGCUUUUAGUGAUUGAAUUUGCAUAUAAAAGUCUCUGAUGACAAAAGUGCAGCUUGAUGAAGAGGAAACUUUUCAUAGCUGAUGAGGUGUAGUCUAGCUGCUUGUCUCCCCCAGCAUCUUUACCUCGGAGACUCUGGAUUACAUAAGAUUCACCCUGCAGACCCUUCUGUUUGAAGCUUAAUGAGUCCAUACUUUAAUCGCAUGAUUAGCAUCAGCUGCGCUGCUUACACUUCACAAGAGGACACACAAAGUCGGGCAAUUAACUUAGACCAAGUAUAAAGUGGAGAACACACAAGCUGCUAAUGAACAACAGACAAGUUUAACCAAGAUCAAAAUCUUCCAGGUGAUUAUAAGUGAGUUCACAACAAAGGGCUCUUUUACAUAAUGAACAACAAUGUGCAACGCUAUCAGUAUGAACUGUUCUUAAUUUAUUCCAAAGAGGGAGUCGGUUCAUUACAUAGGAACUAUGAAACUUUUUAAUGACGUUAAAACACAGAGACAUUUUUGACUUUUCAUGUAAGGAGACGCACAGGUGUGAGCGGUAAAGAUAAGGAAUUCUAAGUUGUAUCUGCCUACAUUAGUUUCUGGGUAAUGUUCAUUUUUGUUAAAGGGAUAUUUCGGCAUAAAAUUAAGUUAGGGUCAAACACACCGCAACACCGAGUUAGACACCCCGUCAAGAGAUGAAUGUUGCUGACCGCUUGCUUCUCUAGUAAAUAAUGCUCAGAACAGCACCUAACUUCAUCAACAGUACAUAUAGGGUCCCAGCCAUAGCACUAGCCACCAAACAUCUUUUUAACUUUGCCUAAUUUCUUUAGCAAAGAGACUAAACACAACUCACCUACUCUCUUCCAGCAGCCGCUUGUGUGUACAGAGACCACCACGCAAGUCUAUUGACUGCAGCGGGGUGACGCAGCUCAAGGAAGAACAUUUAUGAUCAUUACUUCAUGAAAAUGCAAUCAGACCGAGACGCUCAGGCAGAAGAACUACUGCGUCUGCAAUCCAAAAUAAUUAAUAUGAUGAUUAUUACUUCAAGGAAAUGAUAAAGUAAAGAUCAUAAAUGUUCCUCCCUGAGCUGCUAAAAAGAUAUUUGGUGGCCAGUACUAUGGCUGGGACCCUAUAUGUACUGUUGGUGAAGUUAGGUGCUGUUCUGACCAUUAUUUGCGGCUAUAGAGUGGCAUUUUGGUUGAGCAUGUGGCUCUCUGUAUUGCUAUCGUUAUUAAAGUUGGUAUAACUAGAGAAGUAAGCGGUCAGCAACAUUUAUCUCUCAACGGGGUAUCUAACUCUGUGUUACGGUGUGUUUGACCCUAACUUAGUUUUACGCUGGAAUAUCCCUUUAAGAGGCUCUGGGAUGUCUGACCAUGACACACUAUGACUGAUUCCAGCAUUUAUUAUUUAUUAUACACAUUCAUAUGUCAUGUUGUGGGCCCACAGUGACACGGUAGACCUCUGCUCUGUAUUCUCAUUAUUUUGUGUGCCUUGUUUUAAGGUGGUACAUCCGGGUUUGAUUGACAGAUGGUUUGAUUAUUUUCGCCCUGGAUCUUGGAGUUGAUAUUACUGGAUGUGCCAUUGCCUUGAAUGUUAUUAAAAGGCAUGAGUUGGGAUGUGUGAUAAUAAAGCCUUGGCCGUGCUGGUGCAGUAUGUACUGGGGGGGAGGGGGAGGUUCUGGGCUCCACAACAGUGACGGUAAGGACGACUUGAGGGAAAUUUCCGCUUGUAGUUAUGACGGUCAGCACAUUCUCCAGUCGUGAACACUUCUGUAAAUCCUCCUUGAUUCACAUCAUAUCAAGUAUACUUCCCACAGAACAGCUGAAGAGACUCGAUUAGUCCUUGUUUUCUGGACUUGAGCACAUGAACACAAAUAGAGAAAUGCACCUGAGACUAAUUACGCUGUUCCAGUGUAAUCUCACAUAAACCUGCCAACAAAAACAACUCAGUAUGAUGAACAAAAAGCACAAAACAAGGGACUGUUGUAACUAGAUUCGAGUGUACCCCUUCCUGUAAACCGUCUGUGGCAUUUAUGAGGUUUAGGUGCAGUGUGUCUUGAUCUGUUUCACCUAAAAAUAGCUUGGUCCCACGCCCAGACAGAGGAAAUGGGACCCCACAGGCUUAGUGCUAUGUGAUCCAGGGGCACGCUCUACAUGAAUGACCAGCCAGGUAUGCUUUCUCACCAAAUUGUUCACAUGACAGUAGAGUACAAUUGCACAGCUUUGACUGUGGAAAAGCACUGAGUAGUUGAGGAAAGUUUGGGACAGGAAAGGGAGAGGGGGAACCUGAUGGUGGAUGUUGAACAGAUUUGGGGAAUUAAAAAAGAUUGGAGCUUUUUGUAAAUAUCUUUGCUAUGAGCUGCAAGUUCGUCUACAGAGAGACAGACUUAAGAGAAAGGAAAAAAAUCACCCAGUCAGCCUACGUGUGCUCGCUCACAAUCUGUGUGUGCUUUUUCUUGUCCUCACCACCCCUCCCUUCUGUUCUUACUGCUGUGAAACAAACAAGUCCAGAGCGGAGUUGGGGUGGGGAAGAUAUGCAUGUCAGGAAGGAGAGAAAGCAAACCGGACUACUGUGAGAGAGAAGGGAGAGAAAACAAGGGAGAGAAGAAGGAGGGAGGGGUGAGGGAUUCCAGUGGGUGAAAGACAAGGCGGAGCCUAUCCGCUCCAGCUCUAUCGCACACAGCCAGGGGCUUAUGGGCGGAUGUUUUGGCCGCAGAAGCAGCCAAUGGGACGCCGGGAUCAGCCCCCUCUGCAAGGGCGGGGCCAGUCUGAGGGAGUGUGUGGCUCAACUUAAAGAGUGUGUCCACAGGCUGCCCACUGUCGUUGAGCACUCUUUUCUUUUCUCUCAUGGUUGUGCAGACGCUGAGGAUGAAGAUCCAGGAGUCACCCAUCACUUGUGACAUAGGGAGGGUCAGCAGCAGUGGAGAGGUGCGAGGUUCGGACCCUGACUGCGAGAAGACGAGCUGUGAGGAUGUGCCCAGACUGGACCUGACAGCACUAACUGAGGACAACAACUGGGGAGGUGAGUUUACGGGCCAGCACACUGUUGUUUUUCAUGCUUUCAUUUGAACCCACACAUGCAGAUCCUCCUUUUAAAUGGGUUCAAUGCUUUCUGGAAUACACACUUUUUAGACAAACAAGCCCAGACAACACACUCUCUGCGCCCAUCUACGCACAUGAACGUCUGGGUAGCAGCUGCACACCUUCUGCUUCCUCCUCCUCCUCCUCCUCCUCCCCUCGUGUAGCUCCUUCUGCUUCCCCUGUGGGAUUUAAUAGUAAAAGAUCCUCUUAAGUUCUCUAGCCACCUAUAUCUGGAGGGGAAACACACACUGAGGAGACGUUGUUUGUGCAGCUCACGAGAUAAGGCAGUACUGCAGUUGAAUAAGACCACAUGGGAACCUUGUUGUGUGACUCUCUCUCUCUCUCUAGAGAAAACAUGUGAAAUGUGCUUUGCUGUUGUUUAAAGAGCAAACCAUAUGUUUUUAUCAUGGUUUAUCAGUCACUUGGCAAAGCCUGGCGCUGGAUUUGCUCCGAGGCUCAGCUGCUGCUGAAAUUCCCAGUGAAAAUCAAUCAUUAAAGGGAAGGUCUAAUGGUGACAACAGUGGAGCAGCCAACCAACUGUAGAAAAACUUGGCUGGGGUUUGGAUAGUUUAUUGACCGUGGUUGAAAUGGUAACACUCGUGCCCUAUUUUAUAAGUGUCAGUUUACCCUGUCUCUCCAGGAAUGGUGAAGAGGCGUCCACGCACAUGCACUCAAGGGCAGCUCUGCACAACAUCAAAAUUUUGAAAUAGUAUGCCUUGUUAUUUUAUUGAUGCAGUCUUAUCAAGUACAAUUUCAAUGCAAUGUUUGCAGAAAUAGUCACGAGUGGUGCUCUAUUCACGUGUCUCUCCCUCCUCCUGUUUGCUUUUGGACCAGUGUGAGUUUAUAAUUAAAGUGUUUGUUUAUGCAGGGUUGGCGUUUGGUUAGGAAAGGAUAUGGCGCACAGCCGCCGUGCACUGUGAUUGUUUUGCUGGAGUGUUGCGACACAGCAGAGAUGGGUGGAGGUUUUGGUAUUGAGCAGUGAAAGUUGAGUGUUCAGCUCUACUGUAAACUGGAAUGAUAACCAACAGGUUUGUACCUCCAGUUGAAUACGGUUAAAGGACUUGUUGUGGCGUGUAACUUCACCGUAACACUGCGAACUUAACUCCCCCCUCCACCAGCCGUACAGUUUCCUGCUCAGUCAGGCAGCCAGUGGAAAACUGUUCCAUGUAAUAAAUCUAUCAGUUUCAACCCACUCAAGUUUGGAGCAUUUGCAGAAUAUUGCAUGUUUUGUGGGGCUCUCUAGUGGCCAAGAGUGAUACAUAAAAAAAAUCAUGUUGUUUUUGUUUCUUUGCACGGUUUAAUCCACGAGUACAGAUAUCUCAAGUAGUUGGAUAAUGCGGCUGAUAAAACUUAACUUGCACAGAGAAGAAUCUCUGUGCAGCAGAAAUAAAGAGCAAUCAUAAAAGCACGAUUGUUGCUCAAAUAUCAGGAACAGUGACAAGGGUUGAUGUCAAGCUCUUAAUCCUAAAUUGCCUCUGGGAGCUGUAGCGCUAUUGUCUCUGCGGUGUUUCAGAUUGUGUGUACGUAAUUAAAGUACUAUUUGCUAAACAGAGGAUGUAACAGGGUGUGUAUUGUACAGUCUGCCCAGGAAAUUCAGAGCCCAGGUGGCUGAUUACAAACACAGAGACAGUUUGUGUUUUUUUUUUAUCACUUGGCCAGUGUUUUAAUCCUGGCUUCUCUCCUCUUCGUUAAACCUCCCUCCUGUACAUUUUGUCCUAAAUUCAUAACUGAGCUCAUGGCUGCACGAACGCCACAGGGAGGCUGGCUGAUGAUUGGCUCUGACAGGCCGCUCAUACAUACAGUAUCUCCUUGAGAUAGGACACACAUCAGAUCCUGUGAAGCACAAACGCCAGCAGAGCUUGUUAAGUACAAACUACUGUUGUGUGAAUGUGCACUGAGUUGAACUUGAGUGUUUCUUCUGUGCAGCAUGUUUAUUCUCCACAGAGCUACAGAAGGAUUUAUAUUGUAGCUAGACUGUUCCAAGAUAAAUAAGCAGUUAAUAAAGCAGCAUAAAGGUUAUAAAUACUGUCAGGAGGAUAUGUGCACACUGUACAAGAGGUGUGAGACUGGACAAACGCGCUCGUUGAUGGAUGAGGGCAUUAGGCAAUGGCGCGGGACCUUUGUCCCAGCACAGUUUGUGCCAGCGCCUGUCAUGGUGACCCCAUAUUUCCCGCUGAUCUGUCCUGAGCUAUGUGAUGGCAGUGUUGGGAAGAGAUGGUUCACAAGUUAAGGGAAGCUCAAGGCGAUGCUCGUUAUUUUUAUCUUACAUUUCUCUUACUUUUGUUUCAAAGUUUCUGUUUCUUCAUCUUUUCCUUCUUCCUUCUCUUCUUUCUUGUCAUCUUAUAGAUUCUCCGUUCUUUAGCGCACCCUUCCUAGAUUUCAAAAGCUUUUUUCAACAAAGUUUUUGCGAUGGUAAGUGUAAUGCUAUAUCACAUCAUCACUGUGCUGUGCUGCUAACUACGUGUCUGAGAGAAAGAAAGAAAGAGAGGAAAGGCUGUGUGAAUGACCUUUCUCCCUGCAUGGUAACAUGCUUGAGUGAUCUGUAACAUUGUGGCUGAGCAUUGCACACACAACAACCUUUAGCCAAAUAGCAAACUGGCAUGUUUUUUGUUUCAUUAGUCCACUUAAUCCUGGACCAUCGGCAAGCAGGUUGAUUUAAGGGAUUAAUUUCAAAUGCCAUGGUCGGAGCCUGGCUGGCCAGCUCCACCACACCGCACUUAGAGCAAGAUAAUAGAGCUGAAGGGAAGACGCUCACCUGCUGCUGAGAGCGAGCUCUAACAUGCCAAAGGGAGGCUGCUUGAUAAACUGCACGUACCUAAAAGCUCAGGGAGUCCUCUGGGACAAGAGCUGGAAUCUGAGCUACGUCUCCUCUCCUAUGCACAAACUCACCCCGGCGAAGAAAAAUACGCAUGUACAGUCGUAAACUGGGCAUGCCUAUUUUCCUAUUUUCUCUGGCGAUUCCUGACACCUUGAAUAUUUACACAGACGGUUGGUCUCCUUCACGGAUUGUUUUCACUACCUUCAUCUCUUCUCCCCGUGUAACAGCUCCUCUGUGAAUUUCUAUAGCCUCCCGACACUUGAUGCCGUCUUUCUUCCUGUUUCCCUGAAAUCUGCAUAGUUUUUCCUUCUGAGUGGCAUGUUUUCACACAGCUCUUACUUUAACAUUGAGCUCUUUAGACACCCCUGUACAGCCUCUCCCUCUCUCACGUGCUUGGACAGACAGCGAGCAGGUUUAUCUCUCACAAUGCAGAGUGGAAACUUUAACGCGACUCGCUUCACUGUUGGUCUCAGCGGGGGUCGCGCCCUGACAUUAUCCCAUUGAGAGGCAGGCAUUAUUAAUAGCCUGGAAUUGUCAGAAGUAUCUGCAUGCCUCUUUGCUCUGGACAUAAUUAUUGCCAGAGUGGAGACUGUAACCACCAGGGGACACACAUGGGGUGGGGGGGUCAGAGAAACAUCUGCAACUGUGGAGCCCCCAGAGGAAGAUUUCUGGGUUUUUUUUAGUCCACUAGAGAAAAGAUUCAUCAGACUUUAACAGAGAGGAUUUUUGGUGUCCUUUACUUAAACAAAAUGUAAAUAAAGGACACACAUUUGGGUGAUGUAAUGUAUGUUUUUUUCCCAACAUUUUUAGAGAAAUCAGUUUGAAAAUCAUCCGAGGAACAAAUCAGUGACUGCAGCUAAAAUAUAAAAAAAGAGUCUGUACUUUAAAAUAAUAAGCUUCUGAAUUUGGGUUUGUAAGAAUAACUUCAUAAGUGUGAUUAAGGCUGUGAAAGGAUUCUGACUCAAUAAGCAGAUUUGAUAUUGGAUUAAGCUCCACCUGUAGAUGAGACCAUGUUUUAUCCUGUUAUUCUGUAGCUGCGUGGCUCUUUGGAAUGUCAUGGUGACUCUGUUGUCUCUGUUAAGACACGUGACGUGUUUGUCUGCUGACCAGCAUGCGACACAUUUCCACGCAACAAAAUCCCCUGACACACCUGUCCCUGUGACACAUCUCAACUUUUCUUUGACUGCAGGAAAAGCCAAGUGUCGUUUUAACCCGAACUUUCUUUGUAUGUGUUUUUUCCUCAGAGCCCGUGCCUGCGUACUCACUGCAGAGGGAGAGCAUGGACCGAGAAGAAGCCCGCCUCUCCCCGCACGCCGGAGGACGCCUCAUUCGCCAGCUGCUGGAGGAGGAUAGCGACCCGAUGCUGUCCCCUCGCUUCCACGCCUACGGGCAUUGCCAGCAGUACCUGGACGACACUGAAGUGCCUCCAUCACCACCAAACUCGCACUCAUUUGUCAGGUAAGAGUUUGACACAAAUGUGUUUGUAGAGGUGUUAGGAAGGAGCUCUCUUUGUUAUUAAGAACAUUGUGUGUCCUUACAGCCGCCGGAGGAGUUCAUCUCUGGGCUCGUGUGACGAUGAGAAAGAAGAGUUGACGUCCGCCCAGCUCACAAAGAGGAUCCACAUACUGAAGAAGAAGAUCCACAGGUUUGAGGAGAGGUUUGAAGAGGAGCGCAAAUACAGAGUAAGUACAGACAACUUUAACUAUAAAGACACAAACUUACUUUUAAAGACGUUUUUCAAGACCGUUAAGAUUUUCAUAACCGUCCAAAGAAACUCAGAAGAAUUGACUGUUUAAAAGGAUGUAAACAGGUUGACUGUUCUUGUUUCAUCACACUUGUUAGGAGAUCUGUUUUAAUGUAUUGCUUCUUUUUUUUUAAUUAGCCUUCUCACAGCGAUAAAGCUGGAAAUCCAGAAGUGCUGAGGUGGAUGAACGAACUGGCCAAGCUUCGUAAAGACCUAAAAGGUGAGACACUAACAUGAAAACCACACCUAGGCCUUUAAUGCCUUUUGUAUACAAACUUUUAUGAUACUUCUAUCAACUCAAUAUGAUCAACAAAUUACUAAAAAAACACCUGAAUGCAGUCUGAUAAAUGAUGAAAACGUCCUCUUGUGGGUUUCCAAAAACACCUAAUGUCUUUAACAAGAUAAAUAAAUAUAUUUUUUUAAUUUUAAGUACAUUUUGAUAUUUUUGGUUUUCAGUAGUAAGUGAAAUAAACAUUUCAGCUCCAAAAAAAUUUGAAUUUUCUGGCCAUCAUUUGUGGUUUGAGGCAUUAACGGGUUAAAAUACAACUGAUAAACCCUGCAACAGAUAAACCAAAUUCAAAAUUUCUACGAUCUGUGCAGAGCACAAGCUUUUGAAGUCUGAGGAGGAUCUGCCACCUCUGACCCGCCAGCGCAGCAACACUCUCCCGAAAAGCUUCGGCUCUCAGCUGGAGAAGAAGCCGCAGCAGGAGAAAGUGCCAAAGCCGUCAGUGGAGAGCAGUCUGGAGACGAUUCAGAAGAAGCUGCAAGAGAAGAGGGAGGAAGUGAACCGUCCUGAAGACAUCAAGGUAAAACCAGGAAUCUGUCCCACACAAACAAAGAAGAACAAAUCAAUCAUAAACACACAUAUAAACUGCAUCAAUACUGAAGCUGAUUAUCUGAUUGUUUUGACUCUUUCUCAUUGCCCUCUCUGGACAGGAUAUGACACGGGAGCAGAUCGGAGCUGAGAAAGUGGCUCUGCAGAAAGCUCUUCUUUACUACGAGAGCAUCCACGGUCGACCAGUAAGUCUUCCUCCUGCUCCUCCUCAUCAAAUUAACACAUACAUGAAGUCUGAACCCAGAAACUUACACUCUGAUCCCCUGUCAGUCAUGUUGGUCUAAACGAGGAAAAUCCUGUUAGCUUUUGGAUUGUGACCCAGAUUUCAAGUGAAGGGUAAAUAAUGUCUGUUCCAGGGAGGUCUGUCAGCUUGAAAUCCAGAGACAGAUGCUUUCGUUAUGUUUUCAGUUUUUUUAGUAUGUGUUUUUUAUUUAUGAGGGGGCAUUUUUUAUAACAGAUAUUUAAAAACAAUUGUGAAAAACCUUUUCCCUUAAAAAAAACAGACUCCUGUGUUUUACUUGAAACAAAAUCCAGCUACAGGAUAAUCCUGUAUUUAUCCAUUUUCGUAUUUCAAGAUAUCAGGAGGUAGAGUUGACCUCUCUGUCACCCCCGUCUUUCCUCAUGCUGCCUUUUUCUGCGGUUCGUGGUUAAUGAUCUUCACGCUCUAGAGGAGUUGUUGUGGGCCGGACUGGGUUAGCUGUCAUUCCAUGUUUUUGUCAGUGCUGUAGUGAGUCAGCCUGCAGGGAGACAGAGGAAUGAAGGUAGAAGUUAACGCUGCUAACGUGAGGAAUUUUCCUGCUUUCUCUUUUAGGUCACCAAGAGUGAGAGGCAAAUCAUGAAACCACUGUACGACAGAUACCGCCUGGUGAAGCAGAUCCUGAUCAGAGCCUCCACCAUCCCCGUCAUUGUAAGUCCCCGCAUCUUAACCUUUGUUUUUAUUUCCCUCUACAGCUGUCCUCUUUGACGAACGCAUAGCAGAGGUCACCGCGGUAUCAGAUUGGUGCAGACACUUAAUCCUCAGCUCAUGUCGGCUCUAGAGCCUGCUGUGGGAAACAGUGCGGUGGCAGCCGUGCCACAGACGUGUGAUCCACCUUUUGGGGCUCUAAGUCCAGCUUUAGCAGCUAAGUGAGUUCAUGGGUCAUAAGAGGAGCUAACGGGUGGCAGAUUGAACUCACAGGAAAUGACAUCAAUCACAGCUGAGUGCAGCACGGGGUCAGAAACUUAAGAUAUAGAAAUGAAAGGACUAGUCUCUUGAACAGAAAUAAAAAUUCAAUCAGUUCAUACUUCUUUGUUGCGUAAAAUGGUCAUCUCUUUAGCUCCCUAUUAGCAUGUGUAUUCAACACUUCCAUUAUGUAAUAUAUGAUCUGCAUUAUGUAUAUGUUAUAUAAGGCAGCUCUAAUCCCCAUGAUGCGAAUUGGAAUGAAUCCCUCCAGUAGUAAUGCAGCGGUAUUUUUGUGGAAUUACAUGGAAAGAACAUCUGAAAAUUAAGUAUCAGCAGACCUCGAGUUUUCAGCUUUCCAUUUUGAAACAUUAAAAAGAAAACUCCUCAUCUAUUGAUUACAUUCAGGACUGAGACUUUGUCCUCUGAACCAGACCAGGAGACCCAUACCAGGCAGGAAUCCACAUGGCAAUUGCUGUGGUGUUGUUUGGGUGCAAGGAUUCCACCCGAUUAAAAUUAACCAUCAGCUUUGGGUCAUAUUUGUAGUGCAGUCUGUGCAUACUAGAGACGAACAGCUUUGUCCCACAAAAUCAGUGUCAUUUGGACGUCUAGAUCUGAACGAGGUGGUUUAAGGUGGCGACAUUAAGGCUAAGUCUGGUAAAUACUUGAAGAUCGACUGGUGCACUUCUCUUUGCCUUGCUGUAAACUCCACAGUGAGCGUGUUAGCGUGGUUAACGCGUCCUUCUUAACCAUCACCACAGGGUUCUCCCUCCAGCAAGCGCAGAGGUCCCCUCCUUCAGCCUAUCAUUGAGGGCGAAACAGCGCUCUUCUUUGAUGACAUCAAGGUGAAGAGCUGCAACUGCUGCUGCUGCUGCAACCGCUGCUGCUGCUGCAUAAUCAUUUGACAGCUUCUCCAACCCCUCCCCCACCCCCCGUUUAACUACCAUUUACCCCUCUAAUGAACCUGAUUGCUACCUGUUGAUUGGCUGGUUGCCUGUUGAGUAGCAGCCUGGAUCUGUUGUAUCUUCAUUGAUGUGUGAUGAUUAUUGAUCUAAAUGUAUGAGCAGUCUGUAUUGUUUUAGAGGAUAAUUCUGGUUUAUAACAACUUGGGUUCCUCUUUGUAAACACUCUGGGGACUUUUCCUCUCCAGUAAAAAUAUUAAUGUACUUCUUAAGUGUUUUUGGGGUCAAGUAACACACAAAAAAGCCAGAUUUGUGAGACAUACAGACAGACAAAAUUAGAAUUAACCUCCCUGCUUUUAAAUCUUACUAAAGAGAGAACAUUUAUCAUCAUUUAUAACAUUUAAAUAAACAAAAAAAGCUACUCUUUCAGUAGUUGCUGACUACAAUCAAUGAUAGAUGAUUGUCAAAGCGACCAACAAACCCCAAAGUUGUAACCACCAGAAUGAUCCUGAUUGAAAGAGUGUUUUUAAGACAAACUGUGAUCAGACUAAUGAGUUUGCUCGGUGCAUUUUGCUGGAUGUUCAGUGUUUCUUUGGUUCUGGACUGACAUGAAGUUUGCUCCUCUCGGUGGUCUUGUGUGUCUUCUAGUUGACCUCCUUCUUUUUGUACUAAUGGGUUAACUCGUGAAUCACAAACAGGGACGUGAAUGUAACAUGAUCAUUUAUGACCAUUGAUGACUAACACUGCACGAUCAUCUCACACAGCAGUGUCUGAGCCUGGAGAUCAGCCAACAGCAUUGUCUUUUUUUCUGACAGCGCAGAAGAGUGACCGCGGUGUUUUUUUCUUCUUCUUCUGCAGGAGGAGGAGGAUGGCUCGGAGGACGAUGGAGAAACGAAGAACCAGUUCAUGGUGACUGUGCGGCCUGAAAUCAGCGUACUCGGCUUCCUGGACCACAUGGAUGAGGAAGUAGACGGUUUCAUUUCACCCGUGGAUGAACUUUCACCCUCUAAAAACACAACGGACAUGAGGCUGUCUAACCUGCAUGCUGCUACCAUGUAAGUCAGAAUAAGAGACAGAAAACAGAUUAUAUUCAAACUAAUAGAGGUUACAUGCAUAUUAUGCUUAGAGGUACAUGCAUAUUAUUAUUUUAAGGUACUUUUUACAUCUACCUCCCAGCACCAUAUCUAAUAUGUUGUAUUCCUUUGUUAAAAGUUUGAGUUAGCUGUUUAUUCUGAUCCACAUUUUCUGAAAAAAAAAAAAAGACUUAAAAAUAAUAAACAUAUAUUUUAUACCAUAUUUUGACACCAAACUAUAGAAAACAGUGUUUAGUUGUACCUCUGUACUGAUGUGUUUGAACUUUAAUCAUGACCAUCAAAUGAACCCUUGUUGUUUGGGUGUUGAAUGCCAUAGAUUUAGAUAGAAUUACCUUUUUGAUCCUAAACAAUACUGUUCAAGGGGCCCUAAAUACUUCCUUCCCACCACUGUAAUAAACCUCAAGCUGAUAUAAUUACUCUAACAUGAAGCAUGUUAAGUAUUUGUUCUCGCUGUCUUACAGGCAGGAACUUGUGGAGCAGCUCCAGGAGACCCGUGAGGAGAAGAAGAGACUUCGCAAGAACCUGAAGGAGUUUGAGGACCAGUUCUUCAGACAAAAUGGAAGGUAAAACACAGAUUACAUAAGAGAAAUAGAGGGGGGAACGUGAAAUGGGUUUUCCACCCCUGAACCAGCCUCAGUGACCGCAUGUUUGUUGCCUUGUUUCCAUAGGAACGUGCAAAAGGAAGACCGCUCCCCGCUGGCAGUGGAGUACAGUGAAUACAAGCAUGUUAAAGCCAAACUGCGGCUCCUGGAAGUCCUCAUCAGCAAAAGAGACUCCUCCAAGUUUAUCUAAGAAUAAAUGAAAAAAGACUUUUCAUAGGACUGGUGCUGAGUUUUUUGGAGAAAUCAUCAGAAUUUCCCUCCCUGUUACCAUCAACGCCAGCUUGACCUCACCUUCAAGAGAGGAUUUUGAUUUUCUCCAGACUUGAGCAAAGACGCACAUGAAUAACCCGAAUCACUUUUCGCUUUUACUACUUCUAAUUUAUUUCUGUCCUUUUUGAAUGUUAUUAUCAGAACAGAAGUUAUUUUCUCACACUUUACCUGUAGAAGUCUUAAAAACACACCUUGUAAGUAAACUAAUAGUGUGAAAUUACUGAAAUUUUUGAAGAAGGAUUUUGUGAUCAAAAUUUAUGUGUAUUUUUGUAAGGAAGAUGUUACUAUUUGUAUAACUUCUGUCAGCUUAACAGUAUUGACUAAACAAAUAGCUUUGUUUAUUUCAGCUCUGACCAUUAUAAAAUGUCUGAAAUAUUCUAAUAUUGCUUCUAUAGAAGUUAAACUACAUUUGUGCUCACUUAAAAAGUGUUUUCUAGUUAUCAUACAACCCAAAGACACCGAGUAAAAACAGCAAACCAAAAUAUUCACCAUCAUAUUCAACUUUUCAGCUUAUUUUCCUGAUCACUGGUACUUUGAGGCAUUUACUUUAUAUUUAGUGCUUUUUUUUCUCCCAUGUACUCCAUGUGAAAUAAGCUAUUUCUUGUUGAAAUCACUGGUAUGUUUGUACUCACUGAUAAAAAUCAAUGACUUUAGUGAGACUACUCUGGAUGACGGGGACGCUCUGAGCUUCCUUCCUGUCCUCUCUAGAAGCUUGUCUUUGUUUUCUCUGUUGUAAAUACGGAUCAAUGUGUAUGUUUACAUUUCUGUGAGCGAGUAUGUAUCCCUUUCUUUCUCCAAAAUGGAUGAUUAUCAGUGUGUAUUUCGUUCUUACUGAAUGUAAACACUGGCAAGGCUUAAUGAAUUUUGAGUGUGUACAUUUUAGUACAUAAAUUGUUAUUGUAUUUGUAUUUUGUAUAUACUAUGAAUGAAAUCAUAUUUUUACGGAGCUUUU